AUGAUUAUCCAUGUUGGUAUACGUGUAUCCCUGUUUGUUCUGCCCAUGAUGUACAUGAUGUGUGAUAACAGAGAAUGUUUAAGGGGUGAGUGCCAGAGUAAAUCUCUCAACAGUCUCGCUUUUGGUGGGGCAGUCCCAAUUUCAAAGUCCUGUCCCACCACCCUUCUUUCCCAGAUGUGUGACACCCUGGAACUACCCCAGAUGGCACAGUGAGAGUGCAUCAUUAGAUGGGCAUCACUAGUGACGCUGUCUGUGUCACAGAUGAUGCCCCCUCAGGGACCUACCCACCACAACCCUAUUCAGCAGGCCCUAUGUUGGAAGGGAUGUUAGAAAGGGAUGCUGUGGUUUUGGAUAAACUAAUAUUUUAUCAUCUCCUGGGAUGCAAUUGGAGGGUCUUACAAGAAGGAUGGGGGUAUUUGCCAAUACAGUAGAAAGGGUUGUGUGCUACUGCCUCACAGCACAAUACAAAAUCUAUUAUGUAAUUAUGGUCUUUUAAUUUAUUGAAUUCUCCACAGUUUUUACUUUAGUAAAUAAUCCUGUUAAGGAAAUUUUAAGAAAGGGAAUCGGUUGUGUUGUGUUACUGUGCUAGCUUGGCAUCAAAUUGGUCUAUUUGUAAGUGAAUCAGGGACUGAGGCACUGAGGGACUGAGGCAGACUACAGACAAAACUUGCUCCAUACUCAGAGGAAUAGUUCGCUGACACCAGUUACAUGCAGAGACACUAACGCUGUGAAUGGUUUGAGCUGUGCAAAGAUCCGUAUUGCCUGAUGGCAGGCAUAUUCUGUACAAAAUGUGUGUCGUGAUGUUUGGUAUUAUUUUAAUACACGUUGGACCUCGGCGCAGUAAAAAAAAAUUCUUCUCCCUAUAUUUGUCAAUUUUUUUCUGGAAAAUAAAACACAGAGGAGUUUCAAAAAUGGUCUCAUGGUAGUUUGGGUUAAAUAAUAUAUGAAAGAAAUAGGGUAUGCUAUUCGGCCUUGAUCUAUGUAUGUAACUGCUGAUUUAAAUGCAUUUUUAGAACUUGUCACAGUUUAGAAAUUCUUUAGGUAAAUUCAAGAACAAGCAAAUUCCUCAGAGAACAGUCCUUUUGAUCCUUUGAAACUCUUCAGUGUAGAGUAAACCACUACUGGUUCAUUCUAGUGAAUAUAUGUUUUACCACAAGUAUAACUCUAGACAUAUACUGGAGUUAUGAAGGAUACGUUCUCAAGAUGAAAUUUACAUCAGAUUUCUAAAUAUAUUACAGUUCUUUAAUAUGUUACCGUUCUUCUGUAGUCACUGUGUGGGUACAAGCUGCUCAUUAAUGUAAAUACCUGUUGAAACAAAUGAGAAGGAUAUCCAAUGUGAUUAGCUCAUUAAUAUAGCUGAGUUAAAAGCUUAACACCUAGGAGCCAAGAGUAUCUAUUCACAUAAAUGACACCUAGUCGUUGAGUGAGUUAUAAUUUGUGAAUGGAUGGCUGGAGAGGAGGGAGUUGACAAAUUUAUUAAAGAACAGUAAUGUGCUAAUGUUAUAAUUCAGGUGACAAAUGCAAGCCAUUGAUUAAUAUAUAAACGUUUUAAGAAUAGAUUUGGCUUCCCCUAACCAAGAAAUUUGGUAAGUUAUCACUGGCUAGACUGGAAGAGUAGAGGCCACUUGAUUUUCUACAAGAAUUGUUAAAAGCUGAAAGUCAAGUAGCCUUGAACGUGGUAUAAUAAUUCCUAGUUGAGUUUUUAUCUGUACCAUACAUUUAAUACAAUCCUGCAUUUGUGUAGCUAGCAGUUAAUGUUUUAAAAGACAACCAUCACUUCAAAACUAUUUUUUAAUAUAAUGAUCUUUUUUUAUCAAGAUUUGAAAGGGCAUAGAUUUUUCUUUAAAUGGAGUACAUGCAACAAAAAAAAAAAAAGGGAAAAUUUAUCCUUACUUUUAGUAUAUGACAGAAUUCUUCAGCCAUAUGUGUCGGAUAAUGUUUUAAAGCUGACUGUUAGUCUCUUCGGUCUCCCUUGCUUCUGUGCAGAGACUGAAGAUGAAAGUAUUAUUAUAUUAAAAAAAAAAAAAAUCAGGUGACAGUUGUCCUUCAACUUUAUUUGAUUAUAAUUUUUUUUUUAGAAUUGUUUUAAAUGAUGCAAUAAAUAUGUCAGGCUGUACUAAAUUUAACAUUUUUGGGAAAACUUUUAGAAUUUUUUUUUUUUAAUCUAACAUUUUUUAAAAUAUAGCAUAUAUAUAAAAAAAAUAUAAAUAUUAAAAUAUAAAAAAGUCAAAAUAUUAAAUCAAGCUUAUCCAAAAAUAUUAAAUCAAGGCUUUAGAGUGUUAUGUUGCAAUAUUUUCCAUGAUCUGAUGAUACAAAUAUAUAUUGCUCUAUCAAUCAAUUAGAUAUUUGAAAACUAAAAAUGUAGGUGACAAUAUCUAAAUUUAAUACAAUUUCCAAUUCAACCCAUUUAGCGAUUUCUUUUCUGGUCUGCUAUGUAGAGAUAUGCUUACACUUGCUAUUCGGUUAAUAGUCUGCCAUUGUAAUACACAUUUUCUAACUGGAAAUCAAAUUAUUAGCUUGCCCUAGGAAUACACUAUACCCACUGCUUGAAAAGCAUACUUUUUGCAUAUAAUAUUAACCGUACCUAUAAGUACAGCCCAGAAAAGUAAUACUACAAGCUAUCAGAAUGAUUUGGGGUGGGCAACCUUCGGCAAUAUAGCUGUAAGGGAAUUAUGGGAGAUGUAUCCCACAACAUCUGGAGUGCUGAAUGUUGCCGACCCCUGAUUUAGAGUCUGUAGCUAAAAGGUAGGACAUAUGUUUUUUCAUACAAAAUUGUAUUUAGACUCAUUUGUUUUAUCUGUGUUGCAGAAUAUGUAUCAAGUUCGCAACAUACUUUCUUAUACUCACUUUUCAUGGAUUUCUCAAGCAAAUUACAUGGAUUGCUACAAAAUUGCUCCUUCUGAUUUUCGAAUCUUCUUGGUAAUAAAAAAGAUGCAAAAGUAGAAAAAAGCCAAAUACGAUCCCCUGUAGAGGAGUUCCAAUUUCUUAUCCCAUUAUGCCCAGCAAGUUUGCAAAUAAUGAAUAAAUUAUAGGCAAUUCAACCAGAAAUUUGUGCAGAAUGUGUACAAUAAGUGUACAACAGCCACACUAAAAUUGGUCCCCACACUUACAAAUAAAACGAUGAAUAAACAAAACAAUAAAUGUGCAUAUCACAAAAUAUAACACAAUGAAUGGCUAUAUUUCUAUUUGCACUAUAAAUGUUUUUAUUCAUUCUCUUUACGAGAUAUUAUCUGCCAGUAGACAGGUGCUUCUUGGAUCUCUCAAUGUCAUUGUGUGUUAUUGUAUUGAACCUACUGGAUUGUGUUAAAGGAACACAAUAAUGUUAGGAGUGCAAAGCUGUAUUCCUAACACUAUAGGACCCUUAUCCCCCCCACUGGUGAUGUAAGGGUUAGAAGAAAACAUUUUUCACUAACCUGAUCCCAGCGCCAAUGUGGCAUGACUAAUAUUCCACCAAUGUCAGCCAAUAAGGGGGAACUUAAGGCACAUGCGAGGGGAGCACCGCACCCAGAGUUACUGCGUGAGGAACUCUGUGAAACUGCCGGAACUACCACAAGAGGCAGUCUUAAUCCUACAAUGUAAUAAUGCAAAACACGGGGAACUCUGUGAAACUGCAGGAACCACCCCUAGAGGCAGUCUUAACCCUACAAUGUACACAUUGCAGUUUCUAUAAAACUGCAAUUUUUGAUAUUGCAUGGUUAAGAGAACAGAGAUACUGCACCCUGACCACUUCAAUGAGAUGAAGUGGUGUAGGUGCCUAUAAUGUCACCUUAAGGAUCUGCGGUGUGUUAUUGUUUAUGACAAGCACAAUUUAUGUUUUGUUUAUUUACAAAUCAAUAUCAUUUGCCCUACAGCAUACCAUUUGCUCUUUAUUCCUGUAGAAUCUGCUAUAUAAAUAAGGAAAAAAGAGUGCCUGUCAAUUAGACUGUGUGCUUUUUUUCUGUCAUUUUUCUGUCUUUUUUUUCUAAUACUUUUCUGUCCUUUUUUACUAAUAUGAAAGCUGGACUAAAUAUAUAAUUUUGCAUCCUACAAAGAGAUGAACAGAAUGAUCUCACUGUAUCUUGUUCACGACUUAUAGAGUAUUAAAUAUUAUCCCUUAAAUAACCCUCUGUACAUAAUGUUCAUUUUUUCCCAACACUAAAGGGUUAAAAGGUUAGCUAUGACAUGAGUCAUUGCAUUGAGUCAUUGGCUCUGUAGGCACUGACCCAAGAGAAGCAGGCUCAAUGCCACUUGGGUAUUCACAAGUCUGACUUAGUGAAAGGUCAUUUGUAAGUCCCAGCUUAGGACUGAGGGACAUGAAAAUUCCUACAGCAAACAAAUAAAUCUAUAAAGAACCAAAAUGGAUACAGUAGUAACAAACAAUACGGCAUACUAAAAAGGACAUAGCGGAUACACACAAAAACUGUUAAAUGCAUAUAAAGAAUAUUUCUGUUUUUAUCGAUAUAUUUCUUUAAAGAGUAUAAUAUUGUAUAAUGUAAUAAUAAUAUACAUAUUAAUAUUGUUAUGUUUUACUAGAACUAUUGAAUUUAACGUAUUUGUUUGUAUUUCAAAUUUAGAAAACAUUCAUCAUUGCUCAUAAAAUGUGCCCUUGGUCUGUUGAUUGGUCAUUGAUUUACCAGCUACUGGUUAUUUUCCGUUGCAAAGAAUUCUGUCAUUACAUUACGAAACACUAGAUGGCAGCACACAGCAUUUUUAAUUUGGACGGAAGCAUUUCAGCAAAGCAGAUAUGAUUACAAUUAUUUUUUAUAGCGCCAACAUAUUCUGCAGUGCUGUACAAUAGAUAAAACAAGACAAACAAUUGUGACAAAACAAAUUUGACAUACGAAAACAAGGUUACAAUUUAAAAAGGUAUAAGUAAGAUAUAAGUAAAAAUAAGUAAUUGAAACCUCUUUAAGGCAUCUUUAAAUGCAUCGUUAUUUAUGGAGUAUUAAAAAUCAUUCCAUCUUUUUGUGCAUGUAUCGAUGCUAAUGGUAAAUCUGAAUACAUAUCCCAAAAAGGAAUAUUUUUUUUUUCCUUUCCAGUAUCUUUUAACAUUUACUGUUUCAGGUUCGACACGCAGCAGUGAAGGGAUGGCAAUAUUUGGCCUCGGGUAGACGUAGCAGAAAAUGUCAUUUGUUUUGUACAUGAAACUUAGAUAUCUCAGUAUGGAUGAUCACACUGUUGUAGAGCAUGUGUUAUUUGGGUGUAAAGAUUGGAGGCUUGUGAAGUUGAAAGGAGACAUAAAGUCUGUCUGCAGCCUCUAUUAGUAGGCCCUACGCAGAAUGAUGAUGAGCAAUCUCCACUCCAAGCAACGACAUUCGGUGUGUUAAACAUAUCAUAUGCACUAUUCCAUCUCAACUCACCCUGUGAUUACUUUCAGGAACAUAAUACUAGUCAGACAGACUGGUGGGGCUCAGGCACUGCUGUCCACUAAGAAAUAUCCCAAUGGGCCAGUCCAGGCCAGGAGAACAUUGAGGUUCUGGGCUAACUAUCAGAAGACCUGCACAGAUUCUGUAUACUGUCCCAGUCUUUCAAGCAUCUAUUUCCCUUUUCCAACUAUUAAAAAUAUAUUUUUUUUAAAAAUCAAUAUAUCCAAAACUAUUUAAAUAGUACAGUAUUUAAAUAUUUCUCAAAAUAUUAAAUAAUGUUAUAGGCUUACCCAAAAAGUUUAAAUUGAGGCCAUGGACUGGCUGGAGUGCUGUAGCUAAUCCAUUGUAGUUCAUGGUGCUUGCUUUGUGGAAAUUAGGAGAGUGGUAGGCUUAGCUAGGAAAUUUAAACAAGUAAUAUUAUUGGUGCACUUACUAACUGAAGUGCCUCACUAGCUAGAAUUGAAUGCUUUACCUUAAUUAUUAUUUUUGGAACCACGUCCGAAUUUUAUAUUUAACUGAAGCCGACAGUGAAUAUGGCAAUCACCAAUAUUUAUAUGUAGAUCCACAUACUGGACAAUUAAUUGGAUACUUUUAUUUUUUAGAUUUUACAGCAAAACUGUCACCUCGAUCCACAUGUGACUGGAAAUACGAUGCUUGUUCCAGUGCUUGUUUCCGAACCUGCAGAGACCCAGAUGGUGAACACUGCAAGGACGUGCCAAGGUAGGAAAAGAGAUUUAUUUGCUCCUUCGGAUAAUUUCUUUUACCCAUUAUGUUUUUUUAAACUGUCUAUUGAAGUGUACCAAAGAAGAAAAUUAAAUCAAUCAAUGGAACAUACAACUAAUGGAUUGAAAGUUUGUUUUUAAAGUGUAUUUGACUCCUUCAGAACCAGUGUUACAUUAGAACUGUCACAGUUUGAAGGUAUCAACCCUUCACUUAUCAAUGCCAUAAAUCCAAAUAGUUUGUAAUACCAAUUUAGCUAGAGACAUAUGUCCCUUUAAUAAUAUAAACUUAGUUCACCUAACAUGCAUGAGAGCCUGGAGUGUCCCUUUAAUAAUAUAAACCCACCCAGUAUAACUAACUGUAACCUAACCUACACAGUGCACCUAACGUGUGUGUGGGAGCCUGGAGUGUCCUUUAAUAAUAUAAACCCACCCAGUAUAACUAACUGUAACCUAACCUACACAGUGCAUUUAACAAGUGUGGGAGCCUGGAGUGUCCCUUUAAUAAUAUAAACCCACCCAGUAUAACUAACUGUAACCUAACCUACACAGUGUAUCUAACGUGUGUGGGAGCCUGGAGUGUCCCUUUAAUAAUAUAAACCCACUCAGUAUAACCAACUGUAACCUAACCUACACAGUGCAUCUAACGUGUGUGGGAGCCUGGAGUGUCCCUUUAAUAAUAUAAACCCACCCAGUAUAAGUAACUGUAACCUAACCUACACAGUGCACCUAACGUGUGUGGGAGCCUGGAGUGUCCCUUUAAUAAUAUAAACCCACCCGGUAUAACUAACUGUAACCUAACCUACACAGUGCAUUUAACGUGUGUGGGAGCCUGGUGUGUCCCUUUAUUAAUAUAAACCCACCCAAUAUAACUAACUGUAACCUAACCUACACAGUGCACCUAACGUGUGUGGGAGCCUGGAUUGUCCCUUUAAUAAUAUAAACCCACCUAGUAUAACUAAUUGUAACCUAACCUACACAGUGCAUCUAAUGUGUGUGGGAAACUGGAGUGUCCCUUUAUUAAUAUUAACCCACCCAGUAUAACUAACUGUGACCGAACAUACACAGUGCAUCUAACGUGUGUGGGAGCCUGGAGUGUCCCUUUAAUAAUAUAAACCCACCUAGUAUAAUAUGACUAAUUGUUAAUUAACUUGAGAGCUUGCAGUGUUUAUUUAAUUGCUUAACUAUACUCCAUACUGCUAGGUUAUUUCAGGAAGGAGCAAACGUAAAUAAGUAAGUAGGUCACCAAUUAAUUUAGAUUUUAAUCCACUUUGACCGACGCUGAUCUAAAUGGUAUUGCGGUAUUAGCUUUGCUUUAUCCUCAUAUUUCUCAAACUCUUUUACAUAUGAGUGCAUUAUGCUCCGUGGAUAUUUUGUUACUGUUUGUGGGAUUAUGAAGUCAAUGCUAAGCAAUGUGAUUUUGGCAGAACCAUUAAUAUUAUGGCUUCCCGCAGGUGGCGGGCCUCAGUUUUAAUCCAGCAACAUUUUCUUGAAUAUAAUAAAUUAUAAUGCAGCCAUUUAGCAGAGCAUCAUCAUUGCACGCUGUGAAUUUGCUAAAUCAUGCUGGUAUGGAGCAAUCAUUGGCUCCCUAUGGGAAUUAAGCUGCCAAAGUAUGUGAUUUGUGAUUACAAGUACGGAAUGCCAUCAGACACAGCUAUUACAUAGCCUUCUUAGAUAACAUUUUUUUAAAUCAACAAACAAGUAAAUAAAUCAGUCUUUGCAGAAUCUUUCAUGCGCCAAUAACUGAACUUUGGCACUGCAAAAAUGUAAACUACAUAUUCCAGAAUGCUUAGAAACUGGCAGUUUACACAGAUCUUCAGUACCAUAUUUAAUCAUCGUUGAAGAUAUAUUUAUAUACGUUUUACUUGAAAGGUUUGAUAUUUUUUUAUCAUGACUCCUGUAGUAUUCACUUCUUAAAUAUUUCAAACACUUCUCAAAAUAGUAUUAGCGUUUUUCCUAAACUGAAACUCUACAUACUGGCUUUCAUUCAGAAAAACAAAUUAGAAAGCAUUGUACCUUUGAAAUGCAUUUUUACAAGCCUUUUACCAACACCUUAUUUUUGAAUAUGAGAGUCUCUUACCUGAUCACUGCUGCCCAGUUCAAGGAGUCCGUAUUGAAGCCAGAGACCAGAGGACAAUACAUAGAGACCUGCAGGACGGGUGCUGUAUGGAGCACUUUCUGGUCAGGUCUGGAUUAAGAGCCCAUUGGGCCUGGUGCUGACAAUCAUGAUGGGCCUAAUUACAGAAUCAUAUCGACAGAAAACACUAAAACAAUCAUACCUCCCAAUUGUCAUGUAUCUGGUGGAGGUGGUGCUGGAGGGAAACUAACAGGAUAUAGCUAUCAGAAAACACAUAACCUAUGCUAAUCUCUCGCUUUCAACUUUCAAGUAAAUCCAAACCCUCUAACAGCAGUGUUCGAUGAAGCAGAAUUCCGGUGGGCAGGGCCGUCUUUAACGCGGGGCAAACGGGGCAGCUGCCCCGGGCCCAGUUUCUCUUGGGGGGCCCGAGGCACCUGCCCCGUGGGCCCCGCUGACCCUGGCGGUCGGGCAGGAAGGCGGGCGCGCGAGGGAGCACUCACUGCUUCCUCUUCAGCUCCCUCGCGCACCGCACUGAUGCCGGAGCCGGAAGAUGACGUCAUCUUCCGGCGCCGGCAUCCCUAUGCGGCGCGCGAGGGAGCUGAAGAGGAAGCAGAGUGCUCCCUCGCGCGCCGGCCACCGAGACAGCCCGCCCAGGAGCCCAGCAGCACCACCACUGGACCCCAGGGAAUCCCCCCAGCACUCCAAAAGGUAAGGAGGCUGGGGGGAUUACAUUUAAAAAAAAAAAAAUGUGUGUAUGUGUGUGUUAGUGUAUGUGUGUUGUGUUAGUGUGUGUGUGUUUGUGUGUUAGUGUUUGUGUGUUGUGUGUAGUGUAUGUGUGUGGUGUGUGUGUUAGUGUAUGUGUGUUAGUGUAUGUGUGUGUUGUGUAUGUGUAUGUGUGUAGUGUAUGUGUGUGUGUGUCAGCAUGUCUGUGUGUGUGUCAGUAUGUCUGUGUGUGUGUGUCAGUAUGUCUGUCUGUGUGUCAGUAUAUAUGUGUGUAUAUAUCUGUGUGUGUCAGUAUGUAUGUCUGUCAGUGCGUCAGUAUGUCUGUUAGUGCAUGUGUAUGCAUGUGUCAGUAUAUCUGUCUGUGUGCCAGUAUGUCUGUGUGUGUGUGUGUCAGUAUAUCAGUCUGUGUGUGUCAGUGUAUGUGCCUGUGUGUGUGUGUCAGUAUUUCUCAGUGUAUGUGGGUGUCAGUAUAUCUGUCAGUGUGUGGGUGUCAGUAUUUCUGUCAGUGUAUGUGUGUCAGUAUGUUGAUCAGUGUAUGUGUCUGUGUGUGUGUGUCAGUAUGUUGGUAUAUGUGUCUGUGUGUCAGUAUGUCUGUAUAUGUGCCUGUGUCAGUAUGUCUGUCAGUACGUCUACCAGUGUAUGUGUCUGUGUGUGUGUCAAUAUAUGUACCUGUGUCAGUGUGUCUGUCAGUGUAUGUGCCUGUUUAUCUGUAUGUAGUCAGUGUAUGUAUCUGUGUAUCUGCUUGUGCGUCAGAGUGUGUACCUGUGCAUCUGAGCCGCAACUUUAAAUACAAAUACACCCCUCCAUUCAAACUUCAACACUACAUAUAAAACACACUCCUGCAUUGAAACGUCAACACUACAUACAAGCACACUCCUACAUUCAAAAACAAACACUACACAUAAAUGCACACUUGCAUUCAAACUCCAGUACCACAUACAAACACAUUCACACAAACAUACUCCAUACAAACACAUGCUUACAUUCAAACAUACUAACAUGGCUCAGUGCUAAAUACAACCCUGCAAGCAUGGGAAAUUGGUAGAAUCCCAGCUGUCAAAGCAUUGUUGGAGUUGCACGACAGAUGGGGUUCUACCUUUAGUCCAACCUUGCAAUUGGGGGUCCCAAUAAAAUUCAUUCUACUUUAGUACCGCCACUGCGUUGGGAUGGAUGCCGUGAUUGCAUACCAGGGAGUGAGGGGCGAGAGCGGCAGGGCACAGGGGGCCCAAGCAAACACUUGCCCAGGGUCCAUUCGUUAUUAAAGACGGCCCUGCCGGUGGGCGGGGGAAGAGGAACAAACAUCCUAAAAAAGGGCGAAGAAUUAGAUGGUCAGCCUAUCGUCGGGCUGCCUGCCAAUCAUGCAGGAUGACCAACCAAGGAGACAGCACCCUGAGCUUGGCAUAAAUGCGUCUAAUAAUGCGCUAGCCCAUCGCUUUCUAAGGGUUGUCCCCUAGCACUCGCUGGUCCACUCCUCUCCUAACCUUCUUACUAGUAGGCAGAAGCUCCAGUUUUACAGUCUGGGACAGAGAAAAAAGUAUAUGUAGUUUAGAAGAAAGGGGACAUGCCACAGUGUUAGAGAGACUGAAGCAGCAAGAGAAUUUGCAUAGUGCGCAAAGUCAACUUAACUAAUUUCAUUGUCAGACAGUCCACACCAGUUUUGUUCCCCUACAUCCCUCUUCAUUUUCAAACUUAAGCAAGAGCAUGUGAAAAGUAGUAAAAAUAAAAAAUAUAUAUAUUUUUUAAACUUUUUUUCAAUCAAUAGGCCUGGAGCUGCAGCUCCAUCAGCCCCUAUGUUAAUCCGGCCCUGUUUAUGUUUAAAACAUGGUUAAAAGAGGUUUAAGCCCUUAGGAAUACAUAGUAUCCAAAUUCACCAGGCAUUAUAACAAAUUCAUUGAAGUGUUAGUUUUCACAGUGCACACGUUAUUACAUUUGUAGAUCACAUGCUCCUUUCAAAAAAUGGUGACCACAAUUAGACUGAAUAAUUUAAUUCACAGUUGCCACUAGUUAAUAUGUCACUAUGUAUGCCACCUGUGGCAUUUAAGGCUGGUGCGCUGCCUGUGCAGUGCAUGUGAGGGAAAUAUUGCAUGCUUUUCAGUUUCCUCCACUAAGUUCUCCUCUCUUCUUUUAUCUCCUCCAUGUAAGUAUGCAAGAACCAAAACGAUUUAACUUAAAUGGAUACUAUAAGCACAAAAACAACUUUAGCUCAUUUUUUUGUGUGUAUCUGUGUGUGCAUCUGUGUGCCAGGGUGUGCAUCUGUGUGUGUGUACCUGUGUGUCAGGGUGUGUGCAUGUGUCAGUGCGUGCGGAUGUGUUGGUGUGUGUAUCUGUGUGUCAGUGUAUAUAUGAGUGUAUGUGUCAGUGUCUUUGUGUAUGUAUAUCUGUGUAAGUAUGUAUGUAUGCAUGUAUGUGGCAGCACAUGUACAUCCAUUCAAACAAUCAAACGCCAACUCUAGUCUACAUACAAACACACCUCUGCAUUCAAACCCAAACACUACACACAAGUACAUCACUGGAUUCCAAUGGCACCAGUAAAUACAAAUACACCCCUACAUUAUUAUUAUUAUUAUUAUGAUAUUUAUAGAGCGCCGUCAAAUUCCGCAGCGCUUUACAAUGGGUGGACGAACAGACAUGUAGUUGUAACCAGACAAGUUGGACACACAGGAACAGAGGGAUUGAUGGCCCUGCUCAAUGAGCUUACAUGCUAGAGGGAGUGGGGUAAAAUGACACAAAAAGGUAAGGAUAGUAUUAGACUAAUGGCAGUUGCAGAAGAGGAAUCAGUCAGGAGCUAUUAACAGUUUAAUUGAAGAAGUGUAUUUUUAACGAUUUUUUUAAGUGUGGAGACUGGGUGAGCAUCUAACAGAGGAGGGAAGUGAGUUCCACAGAAACGGUGCAGCCCUCGAGAAAUCUUGAAGGCGAGCAUCAGAGGUGGGAGUACGGACAGAAGAUAGACGUAAGUCUUCAGCAGAUCGUGAGGGCCUAGACGGGACAUACUUGUGUAUAAUGGAGGAUAGAUAGGUGGGAGCAGCAUUAUGUAGAGUUUUGAAAGCAAGAACCAGAAUUUUAAAUUGAGCUCUAUAUUUUAUAGGAAGCCAAUGUAGAGAUUGACAGAAGGGUGAGGCAAGGGAGGUGCGGGCGGACAGGAAGAUGAGCCUCGCCGCCGCAUUCAUUAUGGAUUGUAACGGCGCUAGUUGGGAGCACAUAAGACCACUGAGAAGCGGAUUACAGUAGUCAAGGCGAGAAAGGACAGUGGAAUGGACCAACACCUUAGUCACAUCUGGCGUUAAGUAGGGGCGGAUGCGCGCAAUGUUUUUGAGAUGGAAAUGACAGGAUUCGGCGAUAGAUUGAACAUGAGGCUUGAAGGAGAGGUCGGAGUAAAAGAGAACACCUAGGCAGCGAGCCUGCAUGGUGGAGCUGAUGGUAGCACCGUUGACUUGGAGGGAGACAGACACAGGAACACAUACACUCUAUACAAAAAUAUACUUACAUUCAAAUGCACAAACACUGCUCACAAAUACAUGGAAGGGCAAAUAGUAGAUCCCCAGCUGGCAUAGCAUUAUUGGAGUUGCACAGCAGAUGGAGAUCUACCUUUUAGACACGUUUGAACCAGACCGGGACUCAAAACACUUUCUUUCACUAGGGCCCUCUCUACAUUAGGUACGCCAUAAUAAUCAUGCAAAUCCUUUCACAUGUGGUUAACAUGUCUGCAUUAACGUGCAGUUAAUUAAUAUUCAAUACAAAUAUGGUAAUUAUUUUUGCAUAAUUGCAUGGGUUUAUUAACUAUUUUAAUUUAUAUAAUAUAUUAAUUAAAAAAUACCUUUCAAAUACCUACUCUUAUAUAGAAGGAGUGACUAACCUAAUGUCAGAAUGUAUUGAGUCAGUGCUUAUAGUACAAAUACAACUCAAGGGUAUCGGUGGCCCUAGUGUAAUCCUGUAAUAUUUAUUUUUUUUAAUAAUAUUUAGACUUGGACAUUCAUUUCCGGGUGAAAAAACAAUUGGGCCGAUUUUGGGCCAAUUGAGUGCUUGCUCGAAUUCCUAAAAAUAUACCUGAAUAACAGGCUAACCAAAAUGCACAAUACAAAACAUGUUUAAGGGGAGAGGGAUCAAUAGUCUAAAUUGAAAAAAAAGAGUUGUUUGAAGGCAAUAUUUAUUUAUCUAUUAUAUAUUUAAUAAAUAUAUAAUAUAUAAAUAUACACUUUUUUUUACUGCUUUUUCCCUGUAUUGGUUACUUUUUCGCACUUGAUCUGUGGACCAUAUGCUGCUAUCAGUGUACAGCAAAAAAAUAAGCAUAAUAUUUUGUUUAAUGUUUGUAACACACUGAUUGGCCCAUUUUGGCCUUUUUGAUACAUUUACUUGAUUCGGUUACCGAAUCGAAAGACGGCUGUGCCCAACUGGCAUUUUAUCUUCGGAAAAAAUUAUUCGGCUGAAACAAAAUUUCUCGUUUGGAAAAAGUCUAAUAAUUACGUCCACCACCUUUAAAGGGUAAAGAUGGUUGUCAUGGAUUUUCUGAGAAAAUUUACAUUUAUCCAAUCAAACUCUAUCAGCAACUAUAACAGUAAAUAUAUAUUUCUAGGAAAUAAUUGUACAUAUCCACAUAUAUUUUCUCUAAUUAUACUUUUUUCUUUAAGAGUGGAAGGCUGCGUCCCGUCAUGCCCGUUACACAUGGUGCUGGAUGAAAUUACACGGAAGUGUGUCUUCCUAGAGGAUUGUAAGUAGUUUUAGAACAUUUUGUACCUUAAAUUAUGGUGAUACAUUAGAAUGUUAAUAUGUUAUCCAAACAAAUGUCUGUUUUAAUUAAUACAAGAAUCUAAUGCAUGCAAUUGAACUAAAUAUUUCAGAAACACACACACAAAAAAUCGUAGAUAUAUUCCAUUGCCUCUGCAUUUACUGUUGUUUGCUUGACCCUGUGUAUGAAAAACAAGUGAAAUGUCUUUUAGGAAUUCCUAAAAAAAUAUAUUAAUCCAUAAAUUCCAUGCUUUGAUGUAUCAUUGUCACGGGAGUCUUAUCCCAACACGCUGGAAAGUGAAAACCAACAAAAGGUGGAUCCAAAAAACGUGUUACCGAGCCUCAGAAUGGCCGGACUUAACGUAUAAAAACAGCAAGAAACAAGGUCAGGGUAAGCCAAGGUCAAGAAUACAGCAGUACACAGAGUAUAUACAAAGUCAGGUCAGGAUACCAGAAAAUCACAAGCCUAAUACGUAGCUGGGUCAGGAUAAGAUAAAUCACUAGUCAAAAUACAAAGCCAAGGUCAGGAUACCAGAAAUCAUAAGUCAAAUAUGAGCCAAGGUCAAUAACAGGAAUACAACAAGAGAGACUUAUAUAUAGCAUGUAUCAGGAUGUAAACCACAAUAGGGCAAUGAGUUAAGGCUAGAACAGGCCUUAAAUAGGUUUAGAAGAGUUUCCAUUGGUCCACAUCAUCUCUGCGACACCACACAGCAUGGGUCGCCUAAAUGACACGGUUCCUUUAAGGGCAUGACAUCAUGGGAAUCAUUUUAUUUAAGGAGCUGCAAUUUGGCUCACGAACCAGCAGAGGGAGCUGUUCACAGGACCAAAGGUGAGUAUACCGCUCAGGCCACGCAGCCUGAGGACUGCGGUAGUGCGGCAACGUGGUGCGUUCUGCCCGCGUGGCCCGAGGGAGGAGCGGUGCGGGCGCCGGGUACAGAAAAGUAUGUGACACUCAUGUUAACAAACUCUGAAUUAUGGUCAAAUAAAAUACAGCUAGCAGAAGACAUUAGGGUUUAUUUAUGAAACUGAAUAGUAGACAACUAAACUCACAUUUCAAAUUAAGAAAGACUAAGAAUUAUGUUUAAAUAAGCUGUAUUGCAUAAUAAUUUGUAAUUCAGCUUUAAGUACACUACCGUUGACUUCAUAGUGAAUACGUUCCUCUGUAUUUAAAGGUUAAAAGUAAGGUAAAUGAUAAGGUGACAUAUAUAUAAAUAUAUAUAUAUAUAUAUAUAUAUAUAUAUAUACACAUACAUAUUUUCUUCUUUUUUUGCAUUUUUAUUUGAAUUUGAUCAUUUUUUUUAUUGUGCCAUCUUUAAAGAUUUUCCUCCAUUGUAAUAUUAAAAUAUGACAUAUUAAGAUGUUCAGCAUGUAUAAAAGUAAUUUCUGAUAUAUAUAUUUAUAAAGAUAUGACUUUAUGCGUAUUUUUUUUUCUUUAGGUAUUGAGCCUCCAGUUGCUGUGUCUGUUCCACCUUUUACGCCAGCACCGACGGAACGACACACUCUGUCAACAUCACUUAAUGUGACAUCAUCACCAAGUAAAUCUUUUACAUCAUCAUCAUCAUCAUCACAAAUGCAUCCUGAAGUCACCAAAUCUACAGUGUCCACAUCCGGUGUUAUAACUACAGAACUGUCUGAAUUUAUGACAGGAGUAGUGCCCCAUACAAUAAUGUCCACAAAUGCAUCAACUCCUACAUCUCUUUCAACAGUAACAAUGCACAUUUCACAGGCACCUGCCACAAAGUGGUCACCAAUAACUCAAGUAAUACCCACAUCUGAAGACAUUUUUAGUUUGAGCCCUGGCAUAGAAACCACCACCAGGAGCAGAUCAACUUUAGAAGAAUCAGUGACAGCCCCUCAUGUUACGAGAAUUACUCAAGUGAAAACUGAUACAGAUUCCUCUCCUUCAGGUGAAGUUACUUUAACUACAGCGAAAAUAUCUAAUAUUACACUAACACCAUCCAGUGUAUCCACAGGGAGCUCACAAUUACCUUUAGUUGGCACUGUCCCCUCAUCAACAUCUGCAAAACCAAUCAAAACUGCUGAGGCAGAAGGUAUAACUACAAGAGAGCUAGCUUCACUACCACCAAUAAAACCAACAACUACUGCGGAUGAAAGAUCUUUAGUGACAAUGUUAUCCAAUUUUACAACACCAUUAAUUUCUCACUUUGUUACUGGAAUGCCCACCAGUAAAGUUUCAACAUAUACAGCUACUCAAGGAACUGAUAUAACUGCAAUUUCACCCAAAGAAGUACAUACUCCUAGUAUUUCAACUGCCGUAUCCACAGAAUCUCUAAAACCAGUAUUUAUCACAUCUUCAAGUACUUUGAUGCCUAUACCCAUAGAUCAUACCACAAAGGAAGUAUUUUCCACAGGUGUAAUAAUUACAUCACAGGAGACUAUGAGUGUAUCUCAAACACUUCCAGAGUAUUUAUAUUCAUACACCACCACAACUGUGCCAUCUACAUUGUCCCCUAGUCCUGCCGUAGAAGAAAAGUUAUCAACACCUGCUAUAAUUUCAACAAAAUCGAGUGAAACAACACACACUUUAAUAAGUGAGUCCUCAAUAUUUCCAGAUGUAAAUAUUACAAUGCCCCCACUUUCUUCACUAAUUACAGAACUAGUGUCCUUAAAACCAGAAAUAACUGCUCCACUUUCCACAAAAGUACUAACAACUGAAAUUUCUAGUGAUCUUACAGUGAAACAAAUUUCAACUCAGGAAAGCAACAUAACCAAAGCUAAGACACUGUUGCCAGAAAUGUCUACUUCUUUGCUCCACACUACAAGUUCACCAGGAAUGAGCAAAUACGUUUCACCUCAAACAAUCACAAGUACUGUCUCAGAAUCUGAGAUAACUGAUAGAGUUUCCAGUGUAGCGUCGUUGACCUUUUCCUUGGCUCCUACACUUUUCACUUUUACAACAUCAUCAUUUCCUUCAUCUUCAGAGACAUCACAAUUAACCUCCACUUUGGAAAGUACCACAAAGGUUCCAACUUUAACAUCACAUUUACCAUUGUUAACAAUCCAAACUAAAAUAGAACCAACAACACCAAUAACAAAAAUUCAUACAUCAUCUGAGGUCAAAUCCAGUAUGACAUCUAUAGUUUCCAUUUUGACAUCUCCGGGGGAUUUGAUACAUUUGUCCACAAGUCCUGAACUACACAUGACAGACGGUGAAACUACAUUUCAAACAUCCAAUGUUACUACACAAACUCCUACAGAAUCGCUGAAUCUUACUGGUACUACAAAAUAUCCAUUUACAGAAACAAGAAAGAUUGAAUCCUCAAAACCAUCUUCAGUGGAAUAUAAAUCUCCUGAAGUUACUGUAACUUCUCCAAUAAUAUUUAAUGCAACUGAGACCUCAACAGACAAAAUUUCUACAAGGCACAUAGUUAUAACAGAAGAACAGGAGACCAUGGGGUACACAUCUCCAAUUCACGAGUUAGGCAAUGUAACUGGAUCAUUAAAAUCCAUCCCAUAUACAGAAAGGACAUUGUUACCCACUGAUUUUCCUGCACGUGACACAUUUUCAUCUUCUGCUCAAACAUUUUCAAAAGAGGCAAUUUCAUCAACAUCUCCAGAGCCUUCAUCAACCUAUUCAACUUCAAAUGUUACAGAGCCCCUGCUCUCAACAACUAGUAUUUUUCCAUUAAGUGAAACAAGUAUUUAUACAUCCACAUCAACCUCUAAAAGUCCUUUGUCAGAUAUCAUUGGAACCACACAGUCUACUACUCGAUGGACAUAUUUACCUUUUAAUACCUCAUUAUCUACUGCUUAUCCAGCUGCUAGUUUUUCCACUACAAGUCCAUUAAAAACGCACCUGACAACAGAAAGAAAGACUUUGUUAACCGAAGCAGUUAAUAUAACACAUAUCACAAGUUUAGUCACAGCUCUGAAUACAACAUCUACACCAGUUGCAACUCCAACUCCAAUAACUUUAUUCCCCAGUGCCAUGUCUACAUCUACUGCCAAAACAACAUUACCAGAAGAAAGUACAGAAAAACAUUUGCCAUCUACAGAAAAGGUAGAAACAUUAUUUAUGUCAACAAGGCACACAACUGGUUUGAAAGACUUGUCAUCAACUGACAUCUAUAAAACAACAGCUCAAUUAAUUUCUCGGUCAAGCACUCAGUUGGAGGGCGUAUCUGAAACAUUAGCCACUCAUCAGCCAACACCAACCAAAUCAGUGUCUGCUAGGUUAGUCACGGAAGAGACAUCAAUGCCAGAAGUAAUAAUAACAAGAGAUACUGUUUCAGGUGAACCUAAGACACAAUUUCUUUUAACCACAACACAUACUCCUCAGACUGGUACAAGCCACACUGCUUCGUCAGUCGAUUAUUUAAAGCCACAAACUGAUUACUUGUCUGAAAGUACCUCUCUAAGUGCCACUUAUAAAUUAACUUAUGCAGUCACACAGAUAUCAAAAUCAUCUGAGAAGGCUACCACAGAAGAAGCUCUUGCUACCCCAUUGAAGACAACCAACUAUUCCACAGGCUACAGUGUAACAGAGGAACUUGCUUCCAAACUGCCAGACAUAGUUACAUUGCAAACCACACAUGCAGUGAAUGCCACAUAUAGAGAAUUUGAUACCCAAACUACAAAUACUAGCUACAUUACUUCCACACAAAGUCCUCACACAAAAUUGUCACAUAUAAGUAGUUUGGUUAGUAGUGUUGAAACACUCACAACUAGUCCCGAGCCAAAACUUGAAGCUUCAACAUUGACCUCUUCUCAUACGUUAACAACCCUGGUCCAUCCAAAUGCCACAGUAGCGCCAUUAAUUACAGGAUCUAUCUCAGUUUCAUCUAUAACACAGCCAGGGACUAUCACAGCUCUUCCUGGGGACCAUACAAAAACAGAAGAUGUCUAUGAAGGAAUUUCUGCCUCAACCAUAAUACCCUCUGAUACUGCAACCAUCCAGACUUGUAUAGUAAGUUACAUGGAAUACCUACAAUAUUUAUUCCUUCAUAGAUUGGCUGAAACACAGAUUGCAUUAACCCUUCAUUUGUGACCCAAAGAGUGUGUCUGCCAAGAAUAGCCUGAAAUUGUAAUUUCUUAGACGUAUUAACACUGGAAUUAUUUACCUAGUAACAAAUAAAUCACAAAACAGUGUUUAAUAUGUUAAGUGCAAAGUAAGAUAAUUAAUCAUUUGUUCUUGGGCUAUAUUGGAGCAUUGCCAUAAUAUGUCUUUAGUGAUCUCACAUAUUGUAGGUUUAUUUGUAAGUGCAAUAUAAUCAAACUGAUUUCGCUCUCAUAAAUAAAAUGGAUCCAGUUUUAUAUCUGAGUAGUUUGAUAGCUUUUUCAUAGACGUCAGUGGUCAGGGCACCUCUGAUUAGUGUUAAUUGCAACAAUAAAGAUUUCUAAAAGCAACAGUCAAUAACAUACAAUUGUAUUAAAUGUGUGAAAUGUAUGGCAUAUUUAAUGAACAUAAAUGACUAAUUUUAGUCCCCUGGCAUCCUGGAUUCCAUGAAACCUGAUUGCAGACAAUCCAAUGCUUCUCCACUGGGAAUCAUUCGGAGGCUCGUGUGCAUGCACUACAAAUAGCCAAUGCAUCUCUCGGGCCUGCAGGGACGGACUCUAGACACAUUAAGUUGUAGUAGUUCUGGUGCUUAUUGUGCCCCUUUAAGCCUAAAUGUUGCAUUUCAGUUUAGAUAGUUGCAUAUGCAGUAUAUAUUGUAGUGGUUACAGAACAUUUAAGAUAUAGGGAAGGUUUACAAUGUAUCCAUUGUUUGCUUUAAAGAGGAAAUGUCACUUUAACAUAACUAAACCUUAGCAAUUUAUAGUUUAAAAAAAAAAAAAAUUACAUACUUUUCCAGCAAAGUACAUAAAAAAGUAAAAUUUUGUAGUGCAUAAACUGGUAUUUCUGUAUUAGUUGUCCAAAUGCGUAUGUUUAUUUUCAAGUCAUCAUGAGACAGCAAAUUUGCUGUAACACAGUAGUGCAGCGGAGGUAAAGUUUGAAUGCAUUAUUUACUGGACCGUUCUUCUUUAAAACCAGUUGUCAGCAUUGGUAUUGGCUUAUGGUUAACAUAAUCAAUAUAUUGUCUCUUUUAGCCGUACACAGAAAACGACUGUAUAAAGCACAUAUGUGUGGAUGGACAGUUAAUACAGGUCAACAAAUCCCAGCACUGCCCUUAUAACGCCACACAGCCCAGCUGUGGACUCUUGGGAUUUGCUGUUCAAAUAAAUGGUGACAAAUGUUGCCCCAAAUGGGAGUGUGCUUGUAAGUUCUUUUCUUUGUUAAUUAUCAUAUUUAAAAAAAAAACCUGUAAUAUUCUGCACAUAACGUAGAUGGGGUUUAAUCUCUAAGGCCUCGAUUUAAUAUUUUUGGGGUAAGCUUUGCAAAUGAUGCAAUAUUUUUGAAUAAAGGUUUAAAAUUAUGUAAUAUCUUGAAACAUAUUUCAAUAUUUUAAUUUAUUUGUACAUAUCAAAUUUAUUUUCUAUUUUCAUAUUUUAGUAUUUUGAAAUACAUUUUUUUUAUAUGUUUAUCCAAAAAUAUUAAAUAAUUUAAAAAGCUUAUCCAAUAAUAUUCGUUUGAGGCCGAGAUGAGCAAUUGUUGAGAAAUUAUUAAAGGAAUUAAAUAUUUUGUGAUACAGUAACUGAUGCCUGGCUAAAAUCUUUGAUCUGGUUAAAAUUUUAAACUAAAAUUGUGAAAUCGUUUUAGAAUUUACUGCCGUUUUCUUUUGUGCGAAUAAACUUAUAUCAAAUGUUGGGUCUAAUGUCAGAUAUCUGCGAAUACAAUAAAACACAUAGAAAAUAAACAUUACAUGGAAUAGCAUUGUGCUUCUAAUAUUAUACAUCUACAAUGGCAGAUAUCUGUGGAGGAAGUGGUUGUAGUAGCUAUUAGUUUGGGGGAGUUACUGCUGGCUCAAGGAUUAUUCCCGCCCCCACUUAUUUUCUCAUAUUUAUCAUUGCAUACAAGCCUCCUAUGUGCACAAUAUGUAUUUUCUUUUAUAUUUCUGGGUAGUAUACACAGCCUGUAGUGACACACUAGGGGACAUGAUAUUUCUCAGGAUAAAAUCAUUAGGAUUGUAACGCUAAAUGCUUAUUGAAAUAAUAAGAAAUAAUUUAAAAUAAUUUAUAAAAUGCUGUCAUCUGAAAAGAAAUGUGGGAUUUUCAUAUAUAUUAGAACUUAAUAAUUUCAGCAAGGGCCAGAGAAAUUAUAUACAUAUAUACCUGUAACGGUAAAUUUGAUAAAUAUUGCCCAUCUAGGUCGCUGCUCAAUCUUCUCCGACAUGAGUUUUGUUACGUUCGAUGGGAGUUACCUGGCUUUGUUUAAAGAAGCUUCAUACAUCCUAAGUCUAACUGAGGACGAAUCCAUAACAGUUCAAGUCUCAAAAUGCAAGCCAACAAACGGGGUAAGGAAUUUUUUUAUCCGUUAACUAUUUCACUACCAUAUUUUUUUAUCUUGUAUUAGACAGAAUUGCUUAGCAAAAUAUAGCCCAUAAACCUCUUUUACUUUAAAAAAAAAAAAAAAAAAUUAUUUCAUGAUUUGUAGCUUGGAAGGAUACACAUUUACUACUAGGGUUCCAUUGAGUCUAUGCAUUUGAGGUACAAAUAACAGGCUCCCCCCUCCCUCGCAGCAAAGAAAGCAUUUAAGAAAAAAAAAAAAAAAAUUAUAGCUGCAUUUUAACAAAAAGGGGAAGGGGGAAGAGAACUCCAAUGUCAUCAUAGAAAUAAAGAGAUCAAUGCCAUUAUGUUAGAUUAUAUUGCCAUUUUUAGGAUAGGGUAUUGCUAAUAAUGCCAUCAUGCAUUCUUACAAAACAGUAAACGGAUUAUUUGACUAAAUGUAUUUAUUUAGUUUUGUCACAUCUACUGUGUGCAACAAAAUCGGUAUUUGUGCUUUUAUGGCAAUAUUUCAGACCCUGUGUUAAAUAUUGACAAGAGAUACUUUAUAGUUGUUAAAACAUCUUACCCCCCACCCAAAAAAAAAAAAAAAUUAUUCUGUAAAGACUGCAUAUAUAACUAAAAAAUAAAAAUUGUGUAUAUGUACGUCAUGCGGAUUUUUUAUGUAUUUCCGAAUAGAUACUAUAAAUCGGCGUUUUCACCUACAUUGAUAGCUAGCUGUGCAAUCCAUAGUUAUGCUAACAAAAACAUAAAGGGGUUAAUAUUUAUUUUAUUAAUAUUUUAAAUCAAAAGAAAAUUCAACAGCAGCGAGCUCUGUAGACAUAUGCACUAUAAGCAAUAUAGGAGAUCGGUGUAUUUGCACUUGUUGAAGAUUCCUAGGUUUGCGAUGAAGUGAGUGUCUAAGCAUUCUUGAACAGAUUGAUUUAUAAUGAGAGUGUGAAGCCCUGAAGGUUUGGGUGAGAGUAUAAUUAAGUGAGGAGGAAAUUUCAUCAAGGGGGAACAAGAGAUGUAGGAAGAUAUAGAUAGGCAGAUUGAGAGACAAGGCCAACUCUUGCAUAAUACUGAGCAAAUACUCACUAAAGCACAAUUUAAGAAUUUGUAUGUUGAAUUAAAUCAGAUAAAACAAAAGUUAUACUAUCAUUAAAAAAAUAUAUAAGUGUUUUUACCAUGUAUAAAGUGUAACAUUUUCUUUAAAAAAAAAGAAAAAUAAUGUGUAGGGAUAAAAAGGAAAGAGUGUUGACGUCUAUUCUUGGUGUGCUCUCUGGUACCCACACUGCAAGGAGCAUAUGUUUUAACCCCUCCAGGCUAAGUGUUAGGCAACUCUAUGAUAUUAUGACCUGGAAUUAAGGGUUUGGGUACGUUGAUAGUCGCUCCACCCACUAUUCGUGCAUCCUCUGCAAUAAUGUUUUGUUUUUGUCAAUUUUAUUUACUACAUAUUAUAAAAAGGGUUAGUUACUACAGUGUGAAUUUUCAAAAAUUCUAAGAGAAUUUAAAGUAAAUUUCAAAUUUUAACUAAAGUUGCUGAAAUGGAAGUACAGCCGACUUGGAGAAUAUUUGCAAUUUAGCUAUUUUGGCCUUAAAUUUGAAAUUCAGUUUGAAAUCAUCUUUGAAUUCCCAACAUGUUUUACUAUAGUAAAUAACCCUAGUGGCGUGCAACUGUGUACGUGGGUGAGAGAGUUAUUUGUAGUCUUUUAAAUGGGAUUUAAAUCUGACUUUAAUGGAACACAUGUACACAUGUCUGUGAAUGAAGGAUGAGAUAUAUAUGUGAGAUACAAUUAAAAGGACAUUGCAUUAUGUGCCAUUACAGUAGUUAGGAGAUUUGACUCAAUGUGUAUUUAUUUAUUUUAUUUUAUAUAAAAUAUUUUACUAGGAUGGAUACAAUGAGAUUCAUCUCGUUUUCAAGUAUGUCCUGGGUCCACAAAACAUUGCAUUGUUACAAAAGGAUACAAUAUUACAAAAGAUACAAUAUACAAACAAUAUAUAUACAGUAUAUACAUACACACAUAUUUAAAUUUAAUACAUAACAGGUAAUAAAUAUAUACAACCACGACAGGUGCAUUCUGUGCUGAGGUAUAUUGCCAUAGAUCUCUUCAAAAUUUUUAGAUUGAAUGAAGAUUUGACUGUGUCCUUGAGGUUAUUCCAUAAUUGCGGUGCUCUGUAGGAAAAUGAGGAUCGACUUUAUUUUUCUAUUGCGGUAUGCUACAUAUCAUGCUAGUGCUGGACUGGAGGUUAUAGGAGGUGGGAACAGCCGGGGAGAGCAUUGUACUCAGGUAGGGUGGAAGCUUCCCAGAAAUGCUCUUAUGUGCCCAGUUGUUGUGAGCUGAGUGGGAUUAUUGAAAUAGACUAUGCUGUAUUAAAAUAGAAACAUUGUAAGAUGCUUUAUGGAAAUAGAAACAUGUUAACAUUCUCCAUUAGCAACAUUAAAUAACAAGUGAAAUCUGGUUUAAAGAAAGAGGAGGGAGGGUUUCUAUUUAAAUCAAUUAAAAUAUCAUUUAACAAUACCUAAUAUUUAUAUAAUGACCACUCCUAUCUAUGCUUUUAUCAUUAACCUUGACAGAAAACAUCUGGCAUAGAACUAUAAAGGAGAAAGGUGACUAUAUGUACGUUUAUUAGGUGUCCAUUUCCUUAAAAUAAUAUGCUUAUCGAUUGUUAGACAAUUAUUAAAAUUGUAUUUAAAUUUAAUGAAAACAAGUUAAUACCAUUAUAACCUUUACAUAAUACUCCAUUAAUUAUAACCUUUACAUAAUACAACAAUUCAAAAGAUUGUUUAAACCUCAGGGUUUAUUCUUGGUUGGUUGGAUGCAGCCUUACCAAGGUCAAUUAAAUGACUGGUGAUAUCUGUUAACCAGGAUUCAGUUCAGUUAAAUUUAAAGGGACACUAUAGUCACCAGAAUAGCUACAGCUUAUUGCAUUUGAUCUGGUGAGUAAAAUCAUUCCCUUCAGGCUUUUUGCAGUCACUGUUUUUUCAGAGAAAAUGCAGUGUUUUCAUUACAGCUUAGGGAUAACUUUAAUCGCCACUCCUUAGAUGGCUGCUAGAGGUGCUUCCUGCAGAAGUGCUGCACAGUGUGACUGCCAUUCAGUGUCUCCAUUCACUGCAUGGAUACACUGAACUUCCCUCAAAGAGAUUGAUUCAAUGCAUUUCUAUGAGGAGAUGCUGAUUGGCCAGUGCUGUGUUUGGCUUGUGCUGGCUCUGACCAUGUUUUGCCUUCUUUACAGUCUCAGCCAAUCCAAUGCUUUCCUAUGAGAAAGCAUUGUGAUUGGUUGGGUUCAACACGUCUGAUGAUGUCAGUCAAGCAGGCAGAUUAGGGGCAGAGCAAGCAGUAGUAGACUGCAUCAAAAAUAAGAUUUUACUAUAUUUAGUGUGGGCAGGGGGGGGGGGAGGGGCAGGAUUUUAACAAUGUAGUGUCAGGAAUACAUGUUUGUGUUACUGGCCCUAUAGUUUUCCUUCAAUUAAUGUGAAAAUAAGAUAGAUGAUUAUAUCCAAUAAUAUUAAAAAUACACGCAUACAUAUAUACAAGUAAGCCAUCAUUAUUAAAAAUAAUAAAUAAGUUGCUUUACUUCACCAACACUGUAAACAUAAAUACUAGUUAAAGCUAGAAUUGCUUUAAAAAAAGAGAAAGUUUAUGAUUAUUGCAACUUAUCAAUACUUUUGUCUUUUAUUUGAAAUGACUAAUAAAUAUAUUAAAUAACUAACUAAAUACUUUCACAUUCAGAAUAACAACAGGAGUGAAGUCACCUUAUGUUUGUCUGCUCUGGAGCUGACGCACCUAUCCAACCAAAUUUUUAUUGACCGUUUGAAUAGAAAAGUAAGUUAUUACACUCAAUCUGCUUCUAAUAUUUUUUUAUUUAUAUUUUUAUGUUUCUGAUCAAAAUGUGUUUUUCUAAAGUGUUAUAUAUUUUAUAUGAUUUUAAUAAAAACUGCUUUAAAAUGCAAUGUUUAGAGCAAGAAGUAGGUAAAAGGAGGUAAAGAAAGGAGGUAAAGAGCAAUACAAUGUUCAGUCCCCACUCCACUGCAAAACUACAGGGGUGCUGGGGGAAGCAUGUGCUCUGGGCGCCAGAGACUUGCUCGGCCAUCCCAGGUCCAUGCCUUUCUGCAAUCAGCCACUUGCUGAGCGGGAAGCAGGAAGCUUCUUCAAUCACUACACACCAGGGAAUGCUCCGUCCUUCGCUCCUCCUACACCAACGGUGCCCAUAGCGGUAGAACCCAAAAGGUAGAUUUGGUAACUGUGAGUAUAACUGUAACUGUGUGUGUAACUGUGUGUGUAAGUGCAUGUAACUGCUUGUGUGUCUGUAAAUGAGUGUGUGUCAGGUCCCCUGCCUCCACGCUGCUCGUAAAUUUGUGCAUGUCAGGUCCCCUGCCUCCUUACCUCUGCUUUCCCCAUCACUGCGAGCGGCUCCAUUUGGUCCCUGUCUGCGGCGUACGACUGUCCCCGCUGCCGUGCUCCAGAUUGACAGUGUUUCUGAUGCUGCACGCUCCAGAGCAGCAUCCUUAUAUGUGUGCCAGACCCGGUUAUGUGACCCGGCACACUGUAAUGACCUCAGAGACCACAAAGAAGGGAAAAAACGCCUUAGUGUGGUUAACACUAAUUGGAGAAUAUCCAAUCAGACACACCGUGUGUGUAUAUUAACUAACCUCCCCUCCCCCUCAGUGCCCUGUUGUGGUCUUUGUUUAGCCUAGUAGCGCGUCAUACUGUCAUGGCUGCUAGUGUGGUCCACUACAUAUACAUACAAAAGAAAAGGAACAUAAAAAGAUAGAGCGUAAACCGGACCUUAGAAUGGCCGGACUAAUACGCUAGAGAUAGAGAAUGGUCAAGGGGAAAGACGAGGUCAAGGAAGCCAGAAAUACUCAAAUACCAUUUAAACAAGCCAAGUCAGGGGAACCAGAAUUCGGAAUAACCAGGGAAAAGCCAAGAUCAGGAUACCAGGAAGUCAAAUUCACAAAGAUAAACGCACUCUCUGGAACUAGGAACAGGAAACCACGACAGGGCAAGGAACUGGAGUGAGUUAGGGAUUUAAAUAUCCCUCUCUGGGUUCUGAUUGGUCAGAGGGUGACCUCUGACCCCAGAACAUGCGCGUGCGUUGACGUUGUGACGUCACGCGCACAUUUGUAUUAAUUUGUGGGGCAGAGCUUAAGAUGGACGUGACCACGUGGUCCACGCCAUCUUUGAUUUGGGCGCGACGCCCAGAGAAAGCAGAGGAGCGGCUCCCGACUUGCCGACGAGCAGAUAAGCUUGUGGUGUCAGCGAGACCAUGCCGGUCGUGUAUGUAACUGUGUGUGUAGCAGUAACUGUGUGUUUGUGUAUAUUACUGUGUGUCCUUCUAACUGUGUGUGCGCAUGUAACUGUGUUUUGUGAUUGUAACUGUGCGUGUGUGACUGUGUAUUACUGUAACUGUGGCUGUGUGUGUGUGUGACUGUAACUAUAUAUGACUGUAUAUGACUGUGUUUUAUUGACUGUGUGUGGUGUGUGCGAUGUGUGCAUGCCUGUGUGUGUGUAACUGUAUAUUUCAUAGUGUAUGUAUCUGACUGUGUGCACUUGACUAGUGUGUGCCUGUGUUUAUCUGACUCUGUGUGUCUGGUAGUAUAAGGGGUGGGUGGGGGAAGGUUAGAAUAUACAGAAAAAGAAACGUGGGUUAAGAGGCACCAAAGAAAGUUAAACAACUAAUGAGACACACAAGGUUGAAAGGGGAGUUAGGAUAAAAACACAAGAAGGGUCAAGGGAUACAUGCAAAGGGAUGAGUGGGUGCGAAAGCAACACACAAAUGUUUAAAUUUAAGGAGGGUGCCAAAAAAGAUUUCCGCCGCUGGUGACAAGUGACCUAGCUACUACACCUCUGCCCCUCCCCCAUUGUAAGAAUACUGUCUGUGCAUUUUGAUAUAAUUUAUGUUUUGUAUGGGUAUGUAAUAUAGCUGAGAAGAAAUCAUUAAUUGUUAUUUUCCAAGCCAUUUGCUGCCUCCUCAAGAUGCCAGGAUUUUGAAACGGGUGUGAAGUAAGAUUUGUCACUUAGAUAAUAGUGAAUGCUUUCUACUGUACACAGCUCUGAAACUCCCUUCCUAGAAAAAAAUUUGUAACCACUCAUAUGAAAUGUGAGAUACAUGGUACUGUUUUCUGUAGCUCAUUGUAUGCUAAAUAGUUCUGUAAGCCAUGGGGAAAAGGCAUAACAAAAUAAAUAAAUUUGUAGAUUUGUUUAAAAAAAAAAUAGUUUCAUUUUAGUAAGUUUUUAAAAAUAAUUCUUUAUUUUCCACACACGUACACUUUCUGUCCCUAUAUUCCAAACUGCAUGGUUUCCCAGUUUUGCUCCAGAAAUACUACUGUACAUGAUGUCAUGAUUUAUUUUUCUGUAACACGUAGUUCAGCCAAUACCUUUCUACAGUUGGCAAGUUGAUUACAACGUACAAAAACAAUUGCUGUUCUCAUAAAACAUUGCUUGCAUAAGCUCAUUAAUGCUUAUGGAAAUUAAGUCAGUGUCAGUAUGUUUGUGGUUUGGUGAGAGCUAAUAGCCUACAUAUCCUGGGGUUUUGGAGAAUUUUCAGACACAAAAUGUAUCUUUUUUUAUAAGCAAACAGGUCAACUUUAAUGUGAAUGAAGGGAUGUUCUGAGCUCUAAAACAAGUUCAGCUUAACAAAUCAGUUUUGGUGUAAAAAUCAUGUCCCUGGAGUCUCACUGUUUAUGCAGCCCUAGCCACAGCUCCCUUUGGGUGUGACACACACUGCUAAAAGGAAAAAAAAGUUUGUUUUUAAUCAGGUCUUACAGCACAGUGUGUUUACUUUAGAAGUUCUUAUCUUGCGCUUUGUUAAUUGAGCUCUUGUGCUUUGUUAAUUGAGCUUUAAUCACUCUCAAGAGGCUGCUGCAAGCUCUAGUAGACAAUAAACAGAGAAAGAGAUACGACCUUCGUAAUUAAACACACUGUGCAAGAAGAGAAGCUAAGAAAUGUUAAAUUUUUUUCAGGAAGUGUGAAGGGAAGCUGUGAGGAAAGUUUGACCAGGGCCAGGGAAUGUGUAAUCAGGGUUAUUUAAAAAAAAAAGUGAUUUAACUCCUAAAUUGCAGAAAAUUGAUCAGUUAGACUGCAAGGGCAUGAUCCAUACAUCCACACUGCUUCAUUAAGCUAAAGCUGUUAUGAUGCUUAGUGUCCUUAAAGGCAAUUUCCAUAAAUAUCUUUUCAUAGAUCUCAUGAAUGUCCCUUCUAUAGAGUUGAAAUGUAUUCAGUGCUUCCAAUCUAAAAUGUACCCUUAGAAACUCCAGGAUACAUGAGUGUAUCAUACUUGUUGGAAAGGAUAUGAACUGUUUUUAAAUAUCAGAACCUCUAUCGCAUUUCUAACUAUUCGUCAUCAAUCUUUGCACAGUACAAAUACAUCAUAGUUACUGAUGUCCCGAACGGUUCGCGAAUGGUUCGCCACGAAUGGUUCGCCACGGACUCAUCAUUGAGUAAACUUUGACCCUGUACCUCGCAGUCAGCAGACACAUUCCAGCCAAUCAGCAGCAGACCCUCCCUCCCAGACCCUCCCACCUCCUGGACAGCUCACUAAGAAUGCAGCUUCACAAUGAAUGUAAAAUGGAUGCUGUCCAGGAGGUGGGAGGGUCUGGGAGGGAGGGUCAGCUGCUGAUUGGCUGGAAUGUGUCUGCUGACUGUAAGGUACAGGGUCAAAGUUUACUCAAUGAUGAGUCCGCGGCGAACCGUUCUGCAAACCGUUCGGGACAUCACUAAUCAUAGUUGGAAGACUUUUUAAAAAGAUGAUUUGUUAAGUUCUAAUAUGAUGCACUGUAUUUCAGAUUUUAAACUUAUUUAACCAUGUCUUUGUUUUUAUGACUCCAGAUAAAAGAGUUUCAUGGCUGGAUUCUCGUACAGUUUUCAUGUUUUUUUUCAGCUUCUGAUCAUUCGUUUUUGUCCACAUAAAAAGCAAUAUUUAACAACAAUAUUUAACAACCGCAUCCUACAGUAUGCAACUAAUAAUUUACUUUCAAAUUUGAAUUGUGGUCUGAUGGUAGAGAUCCAUUUCUUAACUGUUUCACUGCUGAACUACUUCUAAAAGUUUGUGCCACGUAACUAUAAUACUGAAAGUAUUUCAAAAAUAACCUUUUUUUUUUUGGUAAUUGCUUGUUCUUUUGCUUUCUGUUUAGGUAGCUGUGAACUCCAGAUAUGCUUGGCCAAUGGUUAGAAAGUAUGGAUAUAGGAUCGUGGAUACCGGAAAUAUGUAUUUAAUAGACACUCCAACAAAUGUUAAAAUUCAAUGGUUUCAUAGUACGGGUCUGAUGAUCAUUGAGUCCAAUGCCACCAGUAAACCCAUGUCGAUGGGUCUUUGUGGUAAGUAUGGAAAAUCUUCUGUAUGGUGUUUACUGCCAGUAGGUUUAGAAUUCCAACAGGAUGGGAUAUUUUUCAAGACUGACAAGUUUAUGAUGUAAUCUGCUUUAAAAUGUGGUUUAAGAGUCAUAAUUAAUUGCCUUGCUUUAUAAAAAAUAUACUAUAUUUCCAUUCACACACUUACAAAAAAAAAUGCUAUUUAUUAAUGUCUUAUUUGAACAGGAUAGGGAGCACUUAAUACAAAAAAAAGUAUCACCACAAUCUGAAUGUGUUUAGUGAAUACAAAGUAAAAGUACACCUAUCUUAACAAUAAAUAAAACAGCCUCCCCAGGUCAUUACCCAGACAAAAUUACCUUUACACAGCAAUAUAGAAAAACCAGGAACAUUUGGGAUAUGCCUGUAAAAUCUAAAAAUAAGGAACAAAGAAAAUAUAUAGUGUAAUACAGUUUUUUGAGCAAUAUUGCGCUUAAUAAAAUGGACUCAAGAUGAAGAUGGUAAUUGCGCUCAAGGGUGCCUCCCCCGAUGUUGUUGGGGGGCCUCUUUUUGUCCCUCCUGUUGAUCCGGUAGGGUGGAUGUAGGUAAUAAAAAAGGUCAGCAGCUUUAUUAGAAGGUGAACAAUCACCCAUAAACAAUAAAAUAUAAACAGCAAAGGUCCAACGCAUUUCGUUCUCAGUACUGGACCUUCCUCAGGGACCAUACAAGUUAAAAUCAAAUGCAAAUAGCAAUAACAGUAUACAAUCAAAAUACUGACAUAAAAGAAAAUGCAUGAUUUUCUGAGUAUGUCAAACUUCCAAAUUUGUAAAACAAUUAUUGAAAAAGAAAACGAAACGAAAUAGCUACGUAAAUAAAAUCUGAACAACAAAAUAAUAAUCUAAACCCUUUAGCCUAAAUGGCCACACUACCCAAAACUUAGAUCUGUACAGACCUUUGUCCAUAUUCUGACUUAUAAUUGCUUUCUUUUUAAUUGACUUAGUUAAAAAGUUUACAGAAGACAAAAAAUAUUUGAAGAAAUGUACUUAAACUUUGGCUUUACAUGAUGUCUAUAAGAUUUUUCUUAGCAUGCAACAUGAUAUACCACACACCAUUCUUAAAUAAAACCCAAUGAUGAUAUUUAAGCCCCUAAGGACACAUGACGGAAAUAUUCCUUUUAUUCCUGAAGUUGUGUCCUUAAGGGGUUAAUUGUGUGCCGGAUGUAUGCAAUCACACUGACAGGUCUGGGUUGCCGGUGUGAUUGUGUACAUCCAUGCCAUCUAAACAAUUUUAGUGGUGCCUAGAUAUUUACAGAACUCCACUAGCGCAAAUGGCAAUCUGAAUUCUGAAACUCUGUUAAUAUACUUAAACUUAAGAUCUGUAUCUCUUUAAAUAGUGAGUCACGGCUGCUAAUACAUGAAAUUGUUUUCCCCGUAGGAAAAGCUUGCUGCAAAUGCAUUUUCCUUAUGUACGCACAAAAUAAAUUGCUGCAUCUGACCUUUCCUGUCACUUGAGUCAGUAAUAGAUUUACUGUGGGUAUCAUUUUGAUAGGAAAUGUUAUCUGCGGUUUUAAAUUUAGGAUGGUAUUUACUUCGAGGGCUUGAAACCCUAACUAGUACUACACAAUCAAGCCUUUCAAAAUGGGAAGCGUCAAAAUCUUACAUUCUCUCAAAUAUCCUGAGCGAUGUUCAGACUUCACAAAGGGGUAUAUCAUAGCAUAUGUUUUAAUGUCUUUAUAUAUCGCUCCCACUGGAUUAAUUAAUAGGGGAGUCACAUUUAAUAUCUAUUUUAUUUGAGUUAAUGAAUGGUCUGCAAUGUAUAUUCAGGGAAGAAGUACAAAGUGCCUAAUUGCCAGAGUUAUUUAGUGACACCAGAAAGGCCACUUACACUAUGCAAAACACAGUAUCACAUAGCCUGAUCUUUAUAGAUCGGCUUACACUGCACAGAUUUUUAAAAAUGAGCCUUUGGAUAUGAAAGUAUUUGUAUUCUAAGCUUCUUGUUGAUGAGCAGCAUAUAUCACUGAGUGGAAUACUUUUUUAUUUAAACGUUUCCUGGGAGAGAGAGAUAAAUUGCAAGUUGUCUUAUUUUAGAAUAUGUAGAUGCCCCGAUAUUGAAAUGUGUAAUUUAUUGUACAUGAUUUAGAACUGCAAAUUAAUUUGAUAACUAUUAACAAAAUAAACAUUGUGAAUAACUUAAGCAAAACUAAAAAUGGCUGGGCAGAAAAUAGUUUGACCUGAGAAAGUAUUUAAAUUGUACAAAGUAUACCAUAGUAUACCACGCUUUAAAAGGGAACUCGAGGCAUGAACUGCCUGUUUUAAAGCAGAAAAAUGUGUGGGUAUAUAUAUACAGAGUUCAAGUAGAGAUUGUAGCCGUAAUAGUCCAGUGAUGCAGACGUAAAAACAGAUAUCUGUUUUUUAUAUAUAUAUAUACACAUGUAAACGUAUAUGUAUGGUCGAAGUAGCAAACAAGCCUUUGUAAAAAACAUGUUAACAUUAAGCUUUUAAUUUGAUUCAAAAAGUAUUCCAUAUAUAGGAAUAUGGUAUGAGUAAAUUAAACUCCGGUAUGUGUGGUGAGUGUGUGUGGUGUGUGUGAAAUUGUAUGCGUUGUACUGUAUUUUUGGAAUGAAGGUCAAGUUUAUAUCUUUUAGAGUGUAUAUGUUCAUUGCUGAAUUUUGGGAGAAUCUACUUCAUAGCAAAAUAUUCCUCUGAGUAGUGCUCCUAUGUACACGUACAUGGCCCCUGGGGAUUUGAACCAUUAAUUUGCUUGGCCCCAUUAACGUUCCCUAUAUUAAGAAUGAGGGGGACCCAAACUGGUAGCCAACCUACUGCCAAGUGGGAUCUUAAUAUUUCUCUGACUGCAGCUCAUGCUGGUUCGUGGAAGCUUAGUUAUGUAAGUGGGUAGUAAAUGGGUCAAUCGUUCCUUAUUCCUUAUGACCCUGUUUACCUAGAAAAAAUAGCAUUCAUCAACAAAUCCCUUUAGAUAUCCAUUAAUUAUAUAAAAAUGUGUCUCAUCUGAACUAUAAAGAAAUUGUGAAUCUAGUAUUUCAUUUAUUUAAUUACCUUAAAAAGUCAGCAUGGUAAUAGCGUUCAAAUGGACGUCUUGUGCAUUAGUCAUUAUUAGGCAUCUUUUAAGAAGUGCCUUAAAACCCAUCUCUUUAGGAAAGCUUAUGGCCUCCAAGAUUAACCUUUACCUCACAAACCUGUCUCUUGCUCUCUCCUAAAGGGCAGUGCUUUACUCUCUCCUCCAGCUCUGCUUCACUCCCACCUUAUUUGACUGCAAAUUCCUGUCCUAAUGUGUUUUACACCCCACCUCCUAUAGAAUGUAAGCUCAAUUGAGCAGGGUCCUCUUCAACCUAUUGUUCCCGUAAGUUUUUUGUAAUUGUCCUAUUUACAGUUAAAUCCCCCUCUCAUAAUAUUGUAAAGCGCUACGGAAUCUGUUGGCGCUAUAUAAAUGGCAAUAAUGAUGUUAAUUAUUUGACUUGUGCACGGCAAGAAAUUUUGGUUCUGCCAAAUCAUUUUUUCCAAACAUAGAACCUUUUUCGGGACACCCAAAAUUCAGCCAGAUGUUGGUUCAGCUAGAACGAAUGUUGAGAUCUGAAUCAGGAAAACAAACCAAAAAGGACCAGAAAUGGGUGAUGCAAUAUUAUCUAUAUAUUCUGCAAUACACCGAUAGGGGCAAUUUAUGUAAGAAUAAGUAACCAAUAGAGGGAUAACCAGGAGAAGCUGUUAAAAAAUCAAUAUUUAAUAUUUAUUAAAGGAAUACUAUAAAAAUAUAGACUCAACAUUUAGUAAUGUCACCUAGCCAUCAAUCAUAUAUAUAUAUUUAUUCAUUUUUGCAACAAACUAUUUUUUGGACAUCACAGGCAGAAUUCAGAAUAGCCUGCCGAACAUGUUUGGCAUUGUGCAGUUCUGUUAGUCUGUGAUUUGGGUAUAUUUCAGCUUGGAACUCUUGAAUUCGGUCAAACACCAUAUUGGCCCAAAUUUGGCUUUCAGUCCCAACAAAUCUCCAAGUCUAGUCAUCAUUUUAUUCUGCCUUUCUAAUAAAACCAAUGGAAAACUCACUUCUUUUUGGGUUAGGUAAUUUUGCAUAUUUUUAAACAUUUCAAUAUAUUUUAGUUACUGAAAUGAUUUUAAUGAUUGAAAACGUUUUAUUAGCUAUUAUGCAUUGUUUGGGAUCACUUAAAUGUAAGAUUUUGUCCAUUCUUGGAUUUUGUCCAGUCUGUUGCUUAAUGUAUUUAAAGUGCUCUGUUAGUCUAAAUCUUGCCACUUGGAUUUCCAUUUGCUAUAAUGUGGAGUUUAGUGAAAAAAACAUUGAUAUACUAGUUGGGGUUGAUGUUGCCCUCAAGCAGAAGGAGCUGGCUGGGUAUUUGGUAAGCUUAUGCAUGGUACAUAAAUUCAGUUUGACCAAACAGUUUUUUCCAAAUAUGAAAUUUAGUUUAGGUCCUCCAACACUUGUUCAGUUGACUGUUCAGCCUGUCCGAAUAUCAUCCAUGAAAAACAUUUGGGAAAAACAUUUUCAAUUGAAAAACAUCUCUUGACCCAUCCUCCCCUUCUAACUAUCGUCCCAUAUCCCUGCUCCCUUUCUCAUCAAAGCUUUUGGAAAGACUUUUCUUUACCCGUGUGUCCCGCUUCCUUAAUUCCAACUCUCUCCUUGACCCUCUUCAGUCUGGCUUCCGCCCUCUCCACUCUACUGAGACUGCUCUUAUCAAAGUGUCUAAUGACCUAAUCUCUGCUAAAUCCAAAGGUCACUACUCCAUAUUUAUUCUCCUUGACCUCUCUGCUGCCUUUGACACCGUUGAUCAUGCUCUCCUCCUUCAAACUCUUCAAUCGCUCGGUCUCUGUGACUCUGUCCUCUCUUGGUUUUCCUCCUAUCUCUCCCAACACUCAUCCAGUGUCUCCUUUUCCAAGGAUACCUCCUCCCCUCGUCCUGUCUCAGUUGGAGUUCCCCAAGGGUCUGUCCUUGGUCCCCUUCUAUUUUCUCUUUAUACUGCCUCUCUUGGUAAACUUAUUGCCUCUUUUGGAUUCCACUACCACCUGUACGCUGAUGACACUCAGAUAUACCUCUCCUCCCCGGACCUCUCCCCUGCUGUCCUGCAACGUGUCACUGCUUGCCUUUCUUCCAUCUCUGACUGGAUGUCCUUACGCUUUCUGAAACUUAACCUCUCUAAAACUGAACUCCUUGUCUUUCCUCCUCCUAAUACUGAUCCUCCUCUCUCACUCUCCCUUCAAGUCAGUGAUAUCCACAUAAGUCCAUCCCUGCAAGCACGCUGUCUUGGCGUCAUACUUGACUCUGGUCUCACCUUUGAGUCUCACAUCUAGUUUGUUGCCAAGUCCUGUAGGUUCCAACUCAAAAACAUAGCCCGCAUUCGCCCCUUUCUUACGCAAGAUGCUACUAAGGAGCUUGUCCGUGCUCCAGUAAUUUCCCGCAUUGAUUACUGUAACCCUCUCCUGAUUGGUCUCCCCAAAAGCCGUAUUGCCCCGCUACAGUCUGUAAUGAAUGCUGCAGCUAGACUGAUUUUCCUCUCUAUUCGGUCCUCUCACACCUCACCCCUCUGCCAGUCCUUACAUUGGCUCCCUGUAUGCUAUAGGAGUCAAUUCAAAGUGCUAACCCAUACAUUUAAAGCACUGAACAGUUCUAGCCCCACUUAUAUCUCUUCACUAAUCUAUAUAUAUGCCCCUCCUCAUACUCUCCGCUCUGCCCGUGACCACCUCCUGACCGCUGCUCGCACCCGUACGGCCAACUCGCGCUUGAAGGACCUCUCGCGGGUGGCUCCUCUCCUAUGGAAUAGCUUGCCUACUGCCAUCAGACUCUCCCCUAGUCUUCAAUCAUUUAAGAAGGGCCUUAAAACCCAUCUCUUCAGGAAAGCUUAUGGCCUCCCAGAGUAAUCUCUACCUUACAUACCUGUCUCCUGCUCUCUCCUAUGGGACAGUGCUUUGCUCUCUCCUCCAGCUCUGCUUCACUCCAGUUGAUAUUUCUUGUCCUAAUGUUUCUAAUACCCCACCUCCUAUAGUCUGUAAGCUCGUUUGAGCAGGGUCCUCUUCAACCUAUUGUUCCUGUAAGUUUUUUUGUAAUUGUCCUAUUUGUUACAUCCCCCCUCUCAAAAUAUUGUAAAGCGCUACGGAAUCUGUUGGCGCUAUAUAAAUGGCAAUAAUAAUAAUAAUAAUAAUCAAAAAGGUGUGAAAAUGGGCAAAUCAAUGUGCUACUCAAAAUAUACAUAAUACAAAUAACAUGUAUAUAUUUUUAAGCACUCUGAUAUGUGCAUUUUCCACCAUUUGGUCGAUAGAUCAAGUGAUAAAUAGUAGCCAAUAGAAGGAAAAAGUAGAGGAGAAGUAAAAGAAAUAUAUAUGGCUCAAAUGAACUAAAACCCUUUUGAAAGCAAAAUUUCACCAUGGUUAUAGCACUUUGUCCAUUCUCUGAUUUUCUUAUACUAUAUUUUAAUAUUUAUUAUUAUUGAUAAAAAGUGACUACUAAAUGUUUAUAAAUGUGUUCAUGAUAAAUACAUUUCUAGGUACAAUGUUCACAUAUACAUGCAAUCUAUGUUUGUUUAGAAAUUAAAUAUGUAUUCCUAGACUAGUUAGCAUUAUUUCCACAAACCUUUAUCAAACCAAGUAUAAUCAUCGAGGCUCUGUGUUGUAGACAAAACAGUUCUGCACCUCUCCCAACGGCGUUAAUUAAAGAUCCUUUUUUUAAAACAAAUGCUCAGUGUUCUUUGUAAAGAACAGUCCUACACUUGUUGCUUGCAAUUAAUGUAAUCAUCCAGGCUAAUUCCAUCUUGGUUAUUUCUAUCAGUACAAUGCCAUAUUUUUCACUACUACUUCCUUCUGGUCUUAAUUACCCCUGUGUAUUGAUUGCACCACAGUCGGCUAUAAAUAUAAGAAAACAUCUUGCUGCAUGUUUUACUUAUAUUGUAAACAUGAAUGUUUUGGAGUCAAUGUCUUGGGUCUUUUUAAUUAAUUAUGGAAACUAUGUAGACUGUUUUGAAGUCAACCUUAUAAAAAAUUAGUUAUUUAUUAUUAUUUAAUUGUUCAGAAAAUAUUUUACGUGUACCUGGACAUAACACCAAUGCAAACAAAUGGAUGGCAUGCCAUAGAAGAUGUAGUUAUAUAAACUGCAUAUUUUAUUAGGCAACUAGAUAGAUCAUAAUUGCCAACAAUUCUGGGACUAUCCCACAUUUUGGGGUACUGUCCUUUCAAAAAUAGGUUUUGGGCACCUGUACCACAUUUUAAUUCUGAUACAGAUGGGGACCAGGUACUAGGGCCAUGGACUAGGAGUGCUUCAGCAGUGCUUUGUACAUGGUUGGUCUUGGAGUCGCUUUUGACAUUCAGGAUUGCGCCUUUCAAAGUUGAGAUGGCCCGUUUGACAAACGAUCUUGUCCCCUGCACAUUCGAACAUGGGCAGUGAAGACUGGCAGGCAUGAUAGAUUGGGGUGUUCAAACUAACUUUCUUUUUUCCUUAAACUGUGAAUUCUCAGGAAUGAAAAGUAGAUACAAAGUUUAUUUAAUAUUUUAGGUUAAAAUAGAUCAAAUGAGUUCAUAGAUGAUUUGUCGUAUUUGGCUUUUUUUUGCCUAAUAUUUGGUCCUUUGACACAGUCACAUUAAUUCAUAGAACAUGAAAAAAAUUGUUUAAUAAUAAAAACGAAUAAUUACUAUGGAAAAAAUAAAAAUAAAAACACAGAAAUGAAAUGUUCUUUGUGUCUAAAUAUACAAUGAAAAACAUUUUUGCUAAACAUUAUAUUAAAAUAAUCAAAUAAAUAAAAAUGAGGUUACAUGCAGCUACCCAAUUAGGAAUUUGGAAGUUAUUAAUGUUUGUAAAACAUUUUUGAACUUAACUUUAUCAAAUCAUAACACACCAUAAGGACCAUGGGAGGAAAUGUUAGCCACUCACAACCUUAAUGCUGGCAAAGCACUCUGGGAGAUGUAGUUUUACAACAGCUGGGGAGCUUUUUUUUUGGCAAUCCCUGAAAUAUAUGAUGGUUUAUACUCUGUUGAUGAUUUUUUAUUUUUGUCAAGUAACAGGUGCAAAUUUAAAUAAUUAUACUAAGAAUGUCAUGAAUGUAAAUUAAUCUAAAAAGUGUGAAACUGGUGCAGUAAAUUAAAAGCUUUCUCUGAUGCUGGCAGCAAUUCUGCCGAUAGAUCCAAUUUAAAAAUUGUUCCAAACUGUACAAUUAACCCUUUUGGGGCUAGGGCUGCAUGUUAAACACUUGUUGUUUAUUGUGUAUUCAUAGGAUUUUGUGAUGGCAACACAACAAACGAUUUCAUUCUACCCAACGGGAGAAUCCUAGGCAAAAGCGAUGACGCCGCAGAAUUCCUGGACAGCUGGCAGGUGCCAUACACGUUAAAAUAUGUUGGAAAAGAGCGGCACCAAGACGUGAAUUGUUCGGUUACGGACUGCUCAGAAUGUUUUGGAAUGAUUUUAAACCAGGCGUUCGCCAGCUGCCAUCCUUAUGUAUGUACUAUUCAUAAAAUUCAUUUGCUGUUAUCAGAGCUUGCAAAUGGUGAUGAGAAAACGUUUGGCGGCUCUUGGCGAAAAGUAACCCAACAUUUGUAUUUUCAUUCCACCAUCAAAAUAAAUUUGUUUGGCCCAUAAAUAAGAUGGUCUCCCAUAGCCAUGUGCAAUUAAUGUAUUGAGUCAGCCAAGACAGACACACCCUAAUGUAGGGAUGAUAUCCACCCUAUCACCAAUCUAGAUUUUUAGUUGUCCUUUUAGCUCAGUUUAGAUUUUUCUGAUCAAGGAUAGACAGCAUGAAAGUCUUCUUUAUUUUUCCACUUGGUUAUUCCAGAAAUAAACAGCUGCUAUGUUGUGUCUUAUUAUUUUCGUUUGUAAUUAUUAAUUAAAAUGAUAGCUUUUUAAGUAAAUAUGUUUUAGCUAGUUUGAUAAUUAACUAUACGUUAUGUUAUAUAAAAGAUUAAAUGUGUUACAUUGUUUGUUUAUAAUAUUUCAUAAAGCAAGUAUGUCAGUAAAUAUCUAUUUAAUUGAAUCUCCCAUUUCUGCAUGGCGGCCAUCUUUAAAAAGGAAGUAGCACUUAUCCAAUCACAGACCAUGCAUGGUAUGGAAAGCUAAGGCAUGGUCAGGAUUCUAAGGCAUGUUCUGAUGUCACACUCUGAGAUAGUUUCAGCAUCUCAAUUUACACAUAAUCUUUGACUGGAUAGAAAAUGUUUUCAAACCAAAAAGAAGUAACAAUGUGUAAACCAGGCGAUGCAUUGAAUGGAGUUAUACGUUUAUAAGUAUUCAUUAUAGAGUGAGACAGGGAAUAUUCGACAUACAAUCUUUUCUUUGUUAGAAUACAUAUUAAGACAAUUUUCCUUGAAAUAUAUUUUAUGCAGUUGCUUGCUAAAAUUGCUGACUCACCAAAGUAAUUUGUGGCAAAAAUGUUGCACUAAGUGUAUUGCUCUGUAUUUAAAAUGGCAGGUCUCUCCUGAUGCUUUCUGUGAGUUAUGGGUCCAAGACAUUGAAUAUAUUGAAGAUCACUGCAAAGCGCUAACAGCAUAUGCCUCCAUGUGUCAUAAAUUCAACAUUUGCAUUGAAUGGCGAAGCCCUGACUAUUGUCGUAAGUCGAUAUGCACUGAUUAUCCGAAGUGUAGAAUGUUUUCUUGAUACAUAGCUAUUUAGAAUGUGGAAUAGUCUGUAUCUGCAUGUUGAUGUUCUAAAGUGAAAUUCAUGAAAUCAAAGCAGAGGAAAUUCAUUUUUUAUUGAUUGAUUAACCCAUGGAUAAUAAAUACUCAUCUUAAUAAUGCAGACAUCUGUACACUUCAUUUUCCAUGAAUAAUAUAUAUAUAUUUAUAAUUUAUAGGCUGUAAGGCUUUAUGAGCAUCAUGGAAAUGGUUUUCAAAACCAUCAGCAGUGCUAGGCUUUUCCAUCAUUGAGCUACACUAAUCAAGUAACAUUUGUAACUUUCAGCAUUUCAAUGCCCUGAGACACAAAGGUACCAGUCGUGUCUACCUGUCUGUGAUGUGCCCCGGACUUGUCAGAACAAUGAGAUCGAUCUUCAUGAUACUGAAUCUUGUUCUGCUUUGACUGAAGGCUGCGUCUGUGCGCAGGGAACCAUAUUGCACCGGUCAUAUUCCACCCUUUGCAUUCCAGAGGCAAAGUGCGGUAGGCAAAGAACAGGACUUGAAUGUACAAUUUUCUGCAUUGCAAAAAAGAAAGGAAAAAAAAAACUAUUUUAAAAAGUGACUGUUGUCCAUUGUGUAAGGGUUAAAUGUUACAAUCAAAUGUAUACAUUGUAGUUUGUUUACCAAACCAGGCCGUGUAGAGUUCCAAUGACAUUAGAAUUACAAAAUGUGAGUCUAAAUAAACAAGAAUAAAUAAAUAAAUAGAAAAUAAUAUUAUAAAUACAUUUAUAAUAAGAAUAAAGAAAUAAAAAAAUAAAAUAAUAAAGUUAAGAGGUCGAAUUUUUCCAAUUUUGUGAUAUGGCCUAAUAUUUGUGAUCCUCAUUUAGUGAGUAAUUCUUAUUGUACCCAUGAAAAAUCAUUAGACAGUAUAUUCAUUCAGUUCCACUGUUGUUUUGUUUACACAGAAAGAGCUCAACGCAAUCACAAAAACAUAACGUAACUAUAUUUAACAAUAAGUGUGGCCUGGAAGAGUUUAUGGAUUACCAAAGACAUAUUUUAUAGUUCCCAGUUUAUUUACUCCUGCUUCUAAACCUUGUUUGAGAGGUUGCAUAUAAACCCCCAAAAUGUAGUUAAUUUUGACCUUUUUUUCCCAGCUUGUACGGAUAGCGGAGGAAUGCCGCAUGCAAUAGGAGACGUAUGGAAAACCUCCCUUUCAGGAUGUUGCAUGCAUAAAUGUGUUGACAAUGAUUCUAUUGUCCCCAUGGAAUACAACUGCUCUGAUGUUCCGGAGCCUCACUGCUCUAGAUAUGGAGAAAUCAUCAUUUCUGUUUCUGAUAAUCAAACAUGUUGUCCUCGGAAAGUCUGUGGUAAGUGUAAAAUCAAAUGAUAACAUUGAUCUGAUACAACGUCAUAGGAAUCUAAAUUAGUAACCAUUUAAAAUAAUAUCACAUGUUUUAUUUUUGUGACAAAGGGAUCUUCUUCUACCAAUUCAAGUAGUCUUUUUUAGGAGAGUAUUGGUCUUCAUCUUUCUUGUCCUUCUGAAGGAAUGUUCUCUGUCUAAUGAACUCCAGCUGGCCGCAGUGAUGUCACAAUAACCUAAAUGUCAACAGGAGAAAACAUUUUAAUCUCUGUUGACUUUUAGAAAACUCCAGCACUGGGGACCAAGAGGCCAUAUACCAUUGCUUAAAGCUUUCAAUGUUGCUUCUUCAAUAAAAGAUUUUCCUUAAAAUUUUCAUUAAAAAAAAACCCAAUGCAAUACAACAAGAAAAAUAUUUUGGGAAAUGUAUUUUCACUUUGUUCUGUUAAUUUAAUUUAAGAGUUAGGUGGCAAGAACACCAGGUUUAGUUAUUUAUUUAUUUAGGGCCUACACAACUAGGGGGAAAAGGGGAACUUUAAUUGUAAUAUAUUCUUACAGUGUUUAGUACUUCUAAAACUUUCAACUGUAGUAGUUAUGGUGCCUGGAGUGCCCUGAUGCCAUUUCAUGGUAAGUAGCCAAACCAUUCUAGUACAGUUUGUUAAGUUACCUGGAUCCCGCUGGGUGCCCAAGGACCCAUCUCCUGCAAACAAACUUGUCUAGCAGGUUAAUCCCAAUCACUCUCUAUGCGCUAAUUGUCUGACAGUAUCAACGGAACAAUCAAUGCUUUUCCAGAUCUGUUGAAAACCAAAUCAAGGUUCAAAUGCAGCCAACACCAUAUUUUAUUGAUCAUUAUUUUUCAUUCUUCCCCCACUCUUGGACCCCCGUGACCUGAGCCUUAUUUAGAUGGUUUUAUCCGGAAUUUAUGUUUUCUGACAAUGACAGUAUCAGCUAGCCUAGAAACAUAUUAUUUUACAAAAACCUUUUUUUCAUAAAAGCUGCAUGACAUUUUCAGAACCAUUCUAUAUGUUUUCCUAAAAAGAUAAAAACAACUUAAACGUCCAUGAAAGAAGCAAACAUUUUCAUUCAACAUUGUUUUAAAUUAAUUCUUAAUAUGUGCUUGGACUAUCUAACUCUGGCUUCUAAUGACCAGCGCUGUGACUUCUCUAAAUGAGAUAGAAAUAAACUUUCUGCAGAACUUGAGACUUGUCUUUUUUAAUUAUAUGCAAUGUUUCCAAACUUUUUUGACUUUGUUUUUCUUCAUUUGUUCUAGUAUGCAAUCAAACCAAAUGCGAUGAUCUAAUCCCUGAAUGUGGCAUAACGGAAAAACUCUCAUCCUAUUACCAAGAAGACUCUUGCUGUCCUAAAUACAAAUGUGGUGAGAGACUUUUAUAUGGAGACUCUGGCAUACAGUCAGUUAAAUAUUAUCAUAUAGUUUUAUAUAGCAUCGCUACAGUGAUCUUUUACAUCCUACUCCAUUCCUCAGGCAAAGUUUUUACUUCUGUUUGCCUUUUUUGUAAAUUAUUUUCUUUCUCUCCUUGUCCUUCUUUAUGUCCAGUGUCUCCUAUUCCUUUAUUCUGUCACUUGAUCUGGUCCACAUUGCAUGAUCUCGUACUGUGGAUCUGGAACCCUAAAACAGAAAUGGAGCAAACCCUUGAACGUAGCAACAACUUAGAAAUUCUAGAGAUGGGGCUAAUCCAAUAUAAAAUUUAAUAAUGUGAAAUGGGAGAACGGGAUCUGGUGGAAGAUGAUUCCAUGACGUUACAGCCAGAAGGAGGUUUACAGGUUGGGGUAGGCAGAAAUAAAUCAGAAUAUUAAAAGUCAGUAAUGGUAUCAGGUAGUAUGUCAACCGAUCUGCAUCUCCAUAAAACUUGGGUCACCUGUUGCCAAGUGCCAGGUCCCCUUUGGUGGUGACUGUAAUAAUGGGCAUGGUGUAUUCGUCUUUGCAAAUGUCCACCAUUGACAAAAUGCAUCAGACACAAGACAGAGUGUCAGCUAAUUUGCUACUAUCUGUGCACAAUUCAUAACUACCCACUGGUAAUUCCUACCAUCAAUUAUCAGGAUUCUUCCUCCAGGUAUUACUAUGGUGUGUUUUUACUGUAUCACUGUUUAGCCUUGUGUAUAGUGUAAAGUGAUUUCCCCAACUAGGUGGACUGCAGUGCAUUGCUUCUUCACGUCUUGCUAUCGUUACUGUUCCCUCUGGAGUCAUUUCAGUUUAUUUCAGUACACUAGCUCUCUUGCAGUGGAAAAUGCUCUGAUUUAGUGGAAUAUAUUCAUGGUCAUUUGGUCCUGGUCCAUCAGUCCAUAUUGUAUAGAUAUCUAUACAAUACCACAAUAUUGUAGUAUUGUAUAGAUAUCUCUCUUCUUUCCCUUACUUCCAUGCCUUAUGGCAUUUAAUGUCCCUUUGCUCUUUUCCACCUCUUAUUCACAUUCUUAUUCUUCUCCUAUUAUAUCUCUUCUCUUAAACUCUUUAAUUAGUUUCUUCUUGCCAGUUGACUGGCCUUUUUUACUCUUACAUUUUAUUCUGUUUGCAUUGUGCUUGUAUUUUCUCCCUGCCCUUUAAACUCACACACUUUCAUAUAUCCUGCUUUUUCUCACCCCACCACAUCACAUAACUUUGACAUUCUCGCUCCCCCCUCUCUGCUUGUUGCUGCCCCAUGGAUCGCCAACAAUUUUAGAACUGUGCUAUAUUUUUCAGAAUGUGAUCCUGAGAAAUGUGAACCUACUGAGCAAAUACAACAUUGCAGAGAGGACCAAACACUGUUUGCCACCCAUCCCAACAACUCCUGUUGCAUCAGAAACUUUUGCGGUAUAACACUAUUCCUGCUUUGAUUGCCAUAAGUGUUAUCAACCAUAUUCCAUUUAUCAUGUAUUUUUAUCUGUUUUUCAUGCAGUAAAAAAAUGAGCUGAAAACAUCUGGAAGACAUUUAAAUAAUGCACCUGUUCCAAAUUAUUGCAAAACACCUGUAUUUGGUAUUACAGUUGGACACUGAAGAUCAUUCAAAUGAAUCCAGCUUGAAAACGUUUGUUUAGUUGAUUAUAAAUGACGAACAAGCAGUACGGGUAAAGAGCGGGUGUAAUAUUAAAUAGCUGUAGGUUUCCAGCCACUCGAUGAACCACAUGUCCUGAAUGUCUGUUUUGUUUCAUUGAAUUGUCUGGUACAUUGAAUAACAAAAAUAAAGUGUAUGUGAAACUUACCAAGAAAAGCAAAAAAAAAAAUAAUAUUCUUAUUUGAGAUUUACAGAGUUGGAAUGGGUAAGCAUUUGAUGUUCUAAAGAUGUCCUACUGCAACGCACUCAAGGGUAGUCUGACUUCAUUAAUUCAUUCUUAAGACUCUAUUUGUUUUUAUUUACAGCAUGCAACAUGUGUACCGAUCACAUCCCAAACUGUCGGGAUGGAGAAAUUCUAAUGGUGGAUGGAAAUUUUACUGACAGAUGCUGCCCACCGUAUCAAUGCGGUAAUUAUCCAUCUGGAUUUAAAGGGAAUAAGGGAAUAAUUUGACUCAAUUUUGAAUGUAACAAGAAUUGGAAACAUGAAAUAACUAAAUGUAAUUUAAUUUGCUGUACUGUAAUUAAGUCUAGUGUUUACAUAUUGUGUUAUUAUAAACAAGGACAACCUUAUUUGUUAGGCGUCAUCAUAGUUAUAAUGUCUAUCACGACCAUUAUCACAUAUUAUUGAUAAAAUCAGCUAUAUUUCCUUCUCUCACCAACCCACGCAUUCAUCAGGACUUUAACUGGCACCUCAUCUAACUUCUCUAAUGAACCAGUUCCAUCCCAAAUCCUCCUUUAGCCUCUUCUGACUCAACGUCUCCAAACUUCUUAAUGCUGGACCAUGUGAGCACACAUAGACUUCAGGACACCAUGUUGCCCUUGUAUCUCUGUGCUCCUCAUUGUGACCAUUAUUCAUUGCCCUCCAAAUUCAGUUUUUGCUUCCUUUACUCGCCCAUUUUUCACAUAUUUUUUACAAGGCCCCCAACUCAUUGACCCUUUUAAUCUGUCUUCCAUUGUUUAUCCCUUGCUUGGGGAAUGGAAUUUUAUGUUUAACUUUAAAUCAUUUAAAUAAAAAAAAGUAUGAUAAGUAAUCAUUCAUACUCACUCGUAGCGAAAAGUAAAGAUUAACUGCUUUUUUUGAUCAUAUAGUAAAAAACAAAGAAAAAAAGUAACCUGCGCUCUAGCCCAAAUAACUAUGCAUAUUUAAAUAAAUUGAGGUUAUUUAGUAACUCCAAUGGCCAUAGAUGUGAGCCCACCUGCCACGUCAAGGCAAACAUCUUACGUGGGUCCUUCACUAAUAAUUCACCUUGCUUGCUUCAGCUUCAAGCAAACACAUCUCUAUAUUUUUCUAUAUGGAUCUAUUAUUUGGUCAUAUGCUUCCAUUACUCCAUCUGUAAAUGUUUACUGUAAUUGACAUUUGGGUAUUUUGUAUUACUAUUACCAAUAACAGCUAUUGUUUCACAUCUGUAGUUUCUCUGCUAUACCCUAUUCUUCUUUAAAUAUCACUUCCUUUGUGCUUGCAGUUUGUGACCCCGCUCGAUGUCCUGAAGUGACCUGUGAUUUAGGAAUGUCUGUAGUUGAAAUCUGGAGCCCUGACAGUUGCUGUCCUUAUAAGACAUGCGGUAACAUUAAUUUAUUUUUUAUAUCAAUUCCACACUGGUUCACUAUUUGUUUACGGCAAAUAUUUUUUUGUGAUUCCUGCCUUCACUUGCCCCGGUAACUAUGUUUUUGUAAGAAUUUUAUAUUUUGACAUUUAGUUCAUCACAUGGAAUACUUGCUUUGAUAUUCUGUCCCUUGGGUAAUAAAGAUUAAAGUUGUUAAAAUUGAUAUGUAGGUUGUGCUGUAUUUGUGUAAUUAUUUGAAGGAUUACAAACUAUGAAAAGUUUAACGGUGCAAAAAAAAAAUAUUUGAAAGACAUUUUGGUGGAUGAUUCAAUGUGCCGAGGACAGAAAUUUAGCUCUUUGAACAAAUCACAAAGGUGAGGAGUAUCAAAAGACAAAGUGUCAUCAUAUCCCAGCGGUUCACAAACCAAUGCUCAUGGCCCCCCAACAAUCCAAAAUUUAUGUAUUUCCCUGUAUUAUUCCAAUGGAGAUACUGAUAAAACCUGGACUGUUGGUGGGUCUUGAUGACUGGUUUGGUAAAAACUGUCAAAACUGAUUGGCCAGCACACUUUCAUAUGGGCACAUUAUGAAAUAAUGUAUAUGGUGCAGUGAGUAAGGAUAUAUACAAUGCUUAAAAGUUCCACUCACGGAUAGCCAUUGGCAAGUUACAAUUUAGUCCUCGUAAGAGACAUUCACUCUCCAUGCUUGUGGUUGCAUGUAGAUUUUAAGGACUGGAUGGUCAUGUAGGGCUUGAAAUUUAAGAUAUAUGUAUGUAUUUUAUUUAAUACUUGUGGUGCAAAGGGUGGGGAUACUUUCAAUGUUACUGAAGAUUUCAUAGGUUGAAGUUGUGUUACAGAGCCUCAACACAUUAUAUUGGCUUUCUGCUGAUAAUAAAUGAUUGCUCAUUAAUGCUGUGGUUGUAUGUAGAUUUUGGUAUGGGCAAUAGGUCAGAUUACUUUUUAUUGAACAUCCAGAGAGUAAGCUAUUGGCUUAUCUCCUCAGAAUUAGCACAUCUUGAUCCACUUGAGUCCACUCAGCAUUUAGUGAAUGAAUCUCAUUGCUUUGUAAAAGCGGUUAGCUCUUACCCACAUGUUCUGGCAAUCUAAAUACUUGAAGAGACACAUUUCAUUUUAUGAUAUCUGAGCAAAGCAGAUUCUAUAAGCAGAACUCUGCAAAGCAUUUUGCAGCAAUAUUAGAAUGGGUUUCUAUUUCACUAGUGUGAAAAAAAAAUUGUUGAACAAUCAUGUGUCUAUUUCACUCAGAGGACAAGCUAAGAAAAACUAAAAUCCUUUCUUUUAAAGGGACCAGAACGGUUGAAUACAGCAUUGCACACUUAUGUUACAGGAUGCGUUAUGUGUGCACAUUGAAUUUUUUUUUUUUUUUAAAUGCACGUAUCUUUAUUACUUAAAAUAAAGCAAGCAGAGUUUUUGGUGUAAUCGACAGGGACUGAAUUAAGAUUGGGAUUUCAUUCCUGCUUUUUCAUAUAGCAAACGUGUUUUAAAGGAAUACUUCACUGCCCAAAUACAAUAAAAAAAAUAAAAAUAAAACACUAUUAGUAAAUAUACCUUAUUAUUAUUAUUAUUUCCCUUUAUAUUGCGCCAACAGAGUCUGUAGCGCUUUACAAUAUUAUGAUAGGGGGAAAUUAACUAUAAAUAGUACAAUUACAAGAAAACAUACAUGAACGAUAGGUUGAAGAGGACCCUGCUCAAACAAGCUUACAUUCUAUAGGAGGUGGGGUAUAAAACACAUUAGAACAGGACAGGAAAUAGCAAUCAAAUAAGGUGGGAGUGAAGCAGAGCUGGAGGAGAGUGUAAAGUGCUUUAGAAUGACAUUAUAAAUACAUCUAUCUAUCUAUCUAUCUAUCUAUCUAUCUAUCUAUCUAUCUAUAUAUAUAUAUAUAUGUAUAUAUAUAUAUAUGUAUAUAUAUAUAUAUAUAUAUAUAGCUAUAUAUAAAUAUAUAUAUAUUUAAAUUCUACAAAUAUAUUUAUAUAAUAUUUUUACAUAAUCAAGUCAUUUUAUUAAUUACAAUUUGAGGGACCUGCCCGACAACCCAGGCUGAAAGUCCAGAGAAUUUGGCUCGCAAGUCCUAUCAUUAACCCUGUAACUUUCUAGGACACCAUAAAACCUGUACAUGGGGGGUACUCAGGAGACUUUGCUGAACACAAAUAUUAGCUUUUAAAAACAGUAAAACAUAUCACAACGAUGAUAUCGUCAGUAAAAAUUAAUUUUCUUGCACUUUUCACACACAAACUGUAUUAUUUCUGACGAUAUAAUUGUUGUGAUACAUUUUUCUAUUUUGAAACACUAAUAUUUGUGUUCAGCGAAGUUUCCCGAGUAUAACAGUACCCCCCAUGUACAGGUUUUAGGGUGUUUUCAAAAGUUACUGAGUCAAAUAUGAGGCUUGAGUUUCCUUUUUUCACAUUGAAAUUUGACCGAUUGGUUAUGUUGCUUUUGAGACCGUAUGGUAGCCCAGGAAUUAGAAUUACCAGUCUUUUUUAGUAGCCACUUAGUCACAAACACUGGCCAAAAUUGGCAUUCAAUUUAGUUUACUAAUUUGAAACUCAGAAUCCAAAAUCAACCACAACAACCCAGCUAUCUCGUUAUUCGGUUUAUUCAGAAUUUGGGUUAAAGGAACACUAUAGCAUUAGGAAUAUCCACCAGGUAUUAAAAUAAAUAAAUAAAUAAAUAAAACAAAAUUAAUUAAUCACCUUUUCUCCAAUGCUGAGUCUCCGUCAGAACUUCCACGACCUACUCUUCAAAUGCCGUCAUCCUAGAGGCGUGUUUCCAGGAUAACAGUCCUAUCCAAUGCUCUACAUAGAAAUAAAGGGUUUUAAGGGAUAGGAGACGGGGGAAUUACUGAAGGCACAAUAACAACUUCAAUAACAUGAAGUUGUUAAAGUGCCUACGGUGUUCCUUUAAGUUUGGUUCAGAAUUCGGACAAAACAACAAUCUGUCCAAAUUCGGUCGGAUUUCAAUUCGGAUCGAUUUAAAUCUCCAAAUCUAAUAUUUAUAUGAAAAUGUUUUGAAGUGAUUUACUGAUAUAUGCAUCCUAGGAUACAUAUAAUUAUCUUUCAAUGUUUCCCUUUUUAUCCACAGAGUGUUCAUGCAAUACCUACCCAAAACCGGAGUGCAAGCUGGUAAGUGUUAGUAGUAUGAGGAACAUGUAAUUUGCAGCCACACAGCCUAAUUUCAGACACAUACAGUUUUCAUGGAUCACACAAAAGUUGACAUCACAGUUUUUGCACGGAAAAUGCAAUUUAGUUGAGUCGGAUUUUCUGUACCUUGCAAAAUAGGUGAAAAAUGUGACCUUCUGCUUAUUUUCCUCUUAAAAGAGACAGAUUGCAUGCAAAAAACUUUGAAUGUUCUGUAACUUACAAAUCAAAGAAAAAUAGGUUAAUUCUCACUGCUUUCAAAAAUUACAAUAUGCAGCUCAUUAGUGAGAAAAUCCAUAUAAUAUACCACUAUGUGCGAUAUAAAAGUGACGUUUGUUAAAUUUUCACGUUUACCAAAAUACACUCAUAUAAAAGUCAUGGAACAAAAAACCUUUCUAUGGACUUCUCAUGGCAAGGGCAAUUUUCUGUUGCCUUCAGCAGUGCAACUUUUAAAUAAUCCCAUUUCUCUUGGACUUCUUUUAAACCGCUCCAGUCUGACAAUGACUCCUUUACACAUAUACUAAUUUUAGAAAAAUCUGUUUUUCUAAAGUCUAAAACUUUAGUUUUUGUGUGUUGUGACUUAGUCACUGUUAUUACAUUAAACCACACUGACUGAUGAUCACUGGAUCCUAAACUUUCAGCUAUUGUAAUAUCUGAUACCAAGUCUCCAUUUGUUAACACUAAAUCUAGUAUGGCCUCUUUACGAAAUUACAUGUACUUUAUAUGAGUAAAUUACUCCAGAUCUUAACUAGCAUGUAAUAUUCAGGACACUUCUAUGCAUAAAAUGCCAGGUUUCUUUUUGUUUUGUUUUUUGUGAUUAGUUCUGUAUCAUGCUAACUGUUCGGUUAAUCUGUCAUCUAUAAUUAGUUUAGGACAUUGAUGACCUCUGUUACACAUCAAAAAAGACAAUCUGAUGCAUAAAAAAAAACAAAUAUCAAUCGUUCUUUUUAACAUAAAAUAUUUUUUCUUCCAUUUUAGGGAGAAAAACUUCAAAUAGAUGAGGAAUGGAAAGAUAGUGCGGCAAAUGUCUGCAACUGCACUGUGUAUAAAUGUGGUAAAAUAUUAAACUAUUUACAUCAUUUAUUUGGAACACAAUAUCCACUAAGAUCAAUGCAUAUGAAAUGUGGGGUCCAUAGGACAGUCACUUAUUUAACUCCAGGGAAAUUAAUUUAAAGGGGUGAUCCUUCUAACAGAUUUUUAUACUGCAUUGCCCCAACAAGACAUCAGGAGCUUCUGACCUGUUAGCCAAACUCGAUCAAACAAUAUGGCCCAGCUUUAAGAGCAAAUUUCAACAUGGUAGAAAAAAAUCACAAUGACUGUACCCAGACUGGUUAGUGUGAGUCUGUUGCAAUAGAUGACUUUGCAGUUAAUCCACCUUUAAUAAAUAACUUUUCACCCAAGAUGACUAUUUCAAACAUAAUUGUACAGGCCAAUUGCAAAGUCAGAGUAACUCCACCAUUAAUCAACCUUUUUCGUUAAUAUUCUUUGUUUGCGAUAUUUAACCAUUUGUUGCUCACAAACUUCAGUAUAUUUAAAUUUUUAUGUAGACUUGCACUAAUGUAUAGAAAAAUAGUCAUUUAUUCCAUGUCUUUUUUUUUGUAAUCUCUAAACCUACAUAGAGCUGUAUAUUUAAUGGUGGAUAUCUGACCGAAAGGCAGAUAGCAUUAAAACAGAUGUCUAUAAUCUAUCUAUCAUACUAGAAUCCUUUAUACGUGGUGUACCUUAGUAUUUUAUUUUUGCUUAUUUUGUUACAGUGAAGGACACAGUGUGUUUGAGUAAGGACCGAGGUGUUCUGAGACCAGGACAAACCAUCAUCGAGCACACAGUCGAUGGCAUCUGCCACUCAACGCACUGCACAGACUCAGUCGACCCAGUUACAAAGUACCAUCGGCUCAACAUUACAUCUCUAAACUGCGCAGCCAAAUGUGAACCUGUAAGGAAUUUACAAUUUAAAUAAAAAUGAAAAAUAAAACAUGUUUAGUAAAUUUGGUGCCCCUUCAGUAAUUGGCAUGGUUUAAGAGACAGUAAAACUUCAGAAUGAGUUCUACGUAAAUAAAAGAUCACACUAAAGGGUUUAUCCAGCAUUUUAACCACUACAGCCUACUGUAGUGAGCUUUGCCUAGAGGCCAGAUGCCAUUCCCAUCAGCCGUUCAUUGGCUGAGAGCACUGUGAACACUCUUAGUCAGUGAAUGACUCUCUGUGCAUAGAAAUAGAUAGGUCAGAACUCUUGUGAUGCUCCAGAGGUGGAGUUACACCUCCAGCUGCAAGGGGGUUAAAUUCUGUAUGUGCAGCGUUUCAUAGGCAAAAUGCUGCAAAUACAGAUUCCAGGCACCAUGACCACUUCAAAAUGCUAAGUUGUCAUGAUACGUGUAGUCCUUUAAGUGUUUUACUUUUAAGCUAUUGUUGUAAUACCGCAGCUACUAUUAUACGUGCGUGCGACAGAACAUUUGGUACGGUCAAAUUAGUUAAUACGAAAACAAAAUAUGUGUUCAGGUAGUCCGAAAUUUGUCAGUGUGGCAGUUCAGCUCAAAUUAUUUUAACCCAUGCAAAUGAUUCGAGAAAAUUAUUUAGAUGAGCAUGAAAGGUUCAAAAAUUGGCCAAUCACUAUACUGCUAAAUACAUACAUAAUAUACUAUGUAUAUAUUUUGUAGCACACUGAUUGGCACAUUUUCAACUGAGUGUACACCAAUGGUGGGGAAAAAGUAGGAGCAUAAAAAAAAAUCUACAUUCAUAUAUUAUAUAUGUUUUAAAUAUAUAAUAUAUGAAUAAUUUUUUUUUAAUUCUUUAAAUAACAAACAGAUGUCUUCAUUUUUCAGAACCAGGUAUACGUUCCUCCGAGAGAUUUAGCAACCUGCUGUGGUAACUGCAAGAACAUGUCCUGUGUCCAAACGUUAUUGAAUGGCACUCUUCUUAGCCAUAGAGUAGGUGAUAUUUGUUGUUGUUGUUGUUGUUGUUGCUAUUUUUUUUCCCUCGUAAUAUAAAUGUAAAUAUAAUUUGCACAUUAUUUUAGUUGAAUUUUUGUUUUAAUUCUGGAGAAAAAUUAUGUUUGGUUGGUAUUAUUUUGAGAGGGUUUGUGGGUGGUCUUAUAAUAAAUGUCUAGACUUUAAUUGUAUUUGUGAAUGCAUGAAGUUGAUCCUGUACAUGACAUUACAAGAAUUCCAGUCUCCAGGACAGUCUCAGUCUCUCCUCAUUGAAGUAUGCUGUGAUUGACCAAUGUGGACAAUAAGGCCGUGGUCCAAUGGACCACUACAAGAAUAGACACAGAAAGUUAAAGAUCACCAUGCAUGCAGAAAGUCGUUACUUGUUAAAUAUUCAUCAGGCCUGUCUAUUAAAUUGGUGUUUUUUCUUUAAACAUUUGUGGUGAGUUCUGGUGAGUUCACAAGCCAUUGGGUACCUUUUGGUGAGUUUUAAAAAGGUCGUGUAUAGAGUUGAGCGGAAACCUGGAUGUUCGGGUCCGGUGGGUUUGGCCGAACUUUGAAAAAAAGUCCGGGUUCGGGCUCAAACUUGACCCCGAACCCAAACCCCAUUGAAGUCAAUGGGGACCCGAACUUUUGGCCACAAAAAUGUCUCUAAAAAACUCCUGCAAAGGGCUAGAGGGCUGCAAAAGGAAGCAAAAUGGGGGUACGAGUAGGACAAGUGCCCUGCAAACAAAUGUGGAUAGGGAAAUCACUUAAAAAUAACAUAAAACAAGCAGAUGCUUAGUAGAUAACCCCCUAAUUCUCACGGUAUUAGGGAGCUAUCUACCAAAAGGCUGAAAGACCUAAAUUGAUCUUUCAGCCACAGUUACUAAAACUAAGUAAAGAUUACUUAGUAUUAGUAUAUUCAGCCCCUACUCGCUAUUCUGUCCUCCCCCCUGCCCCCACCCCUCCGCGGUGGGUGGGGGCCAUAAAUAAGAAUUUGGGGGGGACCUAAUGUCCUCCCCCUGGCCCCCACCCCUGAGCGGCGGGUGGGGGGCCCUAAAUAACAAUAAGGGGGGGACCUAAUGUCCUCCCCCUGGUCCCCACCCCUGUGCGGCAAGUGGGGGCCCUAAAUAACAAUAAGGUUGGACCUACUGUCCUCCCCCCAGCUCCCACAUUAGGUCCCCCCCAACUUUUAUUUAUGGCCCCCACCCACCACUCAGGGGUGGGGGAUAGGGGGGAGGACAUUAGGUCCCCCCACCCUUAUUGUUAUUUAGGGCCCCCACCUGCCGCGCAGGUGUGGGGGUCGGGUGGGAGGACAUUAGGUCCCCCCUCAAUUUUUAUUUAUGGCCCCCACCCACCGCUCAGGGGUGGGGGCCGGGGGGAGGACAUUAGGUCCCCCCCCAAUUUUUAUUUAUGGCCCCCACCCACCGCUCAGGGGUGGGGGACAGGGGGGAGGACAGUAGGUCCCCCCCAUUGUUAUUUAGGGCCCCCACCCACCGCUCAGGGGUGGCGGCUGGGGGGUGAUAAUAGGAUUUCUUUUUUUUUUUUUAACAUUGAGCAGCCACUGUUUAAUAGACGCGCCCCUACUAGUGAAAGGCUGGAUCACAUGUUGCACUGACCAGUCACAGCCAUGCCAUUAGUAGGCAUGGCUGUGAUGGCUUCUACGGACACACGAGUCAAACGCUUGUUGAUUGGCUGCCCUGCAGCCUUUCAAAACGCGUCAUUAAAUCACCAAACUCCGAUCUCCAACCCGAACAUACAGUGAUAUGUCCGCGUUCGGGUCUGGGGUCCAAAAAACGUAAUGUUCGGUACGAACCUGAACUUUUCAGUUCGGGUUCGUUCAACUCUAGUCAUGUAUUUUUUUUCAAGAGGGUUCCUGUAUUGUUAAAUGCACUUACAAUGUUGACCGGCAUUCAUACUUUGUUACAUUACACGAUGCAUAUCAUGUCAUAUAAGGGAAGCAUAUUUGUAUAUGUAAUUUCUGGGUCUAAUGUUUUGUCCAAUAUUAUGAAAGAUGAAAAGAUCUGUGAACAAACCACUUGGAUUUCAAUUUGUUCCAAAAAAACCCAUUUCAAUUUACACCUAUUUUUGUAUUUGUAAAGUUAUAUGUAGAACGUGCCCAAAUGUAGGUUGUAUGGUCUCCACGUAUGCAGAACUUAAUGGCAAAAGGGCCUGGGAAAAUUUAGUGUACAAAGUUGUAUUUUUUAUGUGUCUGGGUCAAACACUCCACCCCUGAUCCAAACAUGAUGAUUCAGAUUGAACCAUCCAAUAUGUUUCAUAAGUAUUUUCCUAUAGCUAUCAACAUAUGUGCUGCACACAAAGAGAUAAUUAUUUAAUACUGUAAUUACUUGGCAAUUGUAGCCUCUUGUUUUGUUAUUUUAGCAUAUAAGUACUGCCUAGCGCUUUUUAAAAAUUUUUGCAUUAACUGGAGGACUGGUAUCAAUUCCACUUGGUAGAAGUCAAUUAUCAGCAAUGUAUUUUACUCAAAACCAUAAUGAGACCAGCCAUGGGUCUUCUAAGUUCUAUGUUAAUCCUGAGUAUUGCAGGGUUUAUAAUGACUCCUUGCCUGUUUAUGACCCUCUUUAAGGAUGAAUGGAAUAUAAUUAUUCACUAAACCAGUAGUUGUUGGUGACUGUCCAGGGGAUUUCAAAUUUCAGGCCAAAAGCUGGAAAUAUUUGGGGAUUUUUCUCCGAAAAUUUCAACUCCUUGCAUCCCCAGCAAACAAAGGAUUAGUGAAUAGCUAUGAAUUUCUCAUACUUCUAGAAAAAGGUUCACCUUGCAAUGCAAGAUGAAGGUUUAUACUUAUACAUGCAAGUCGUGCAUUUCAUUUUGAAUCAUGUUAUAUUUUUUAUUUAUUUAUUUUUUACUUUUUAUAUAGCCUGGUACUUCUUGGAAUUCUAAAUGUGUCAAAUAUGACUGCACAAACACAUCUGUAGGACCAGUAUUAGUAACAUCUGCCAUCAAUUGUCCUCCAUUUAAUGAAACAGAAUGUAUAAAGGUUAGUGGUCUCUCUACGGACAGUAAUUCUAGAUGCUCAUUUGGAAGCAUAUAGUAUCAUAGGUUACUAAUGGCGUUAUAGGUUACUAGUUACUAAACUAUGAUAACUCUAAAGUCUUCUUAACAUUCAGCUUUCUCAUUAGACAGGAAACCAGACAGUGCAUUUUAAACUCAAACUAUUUCACACUAGAACAGACAGAAUACAACCAAUUAAAGCAAGGCUUGGAGCGGGCAAUGUUCUAACCAACUCUGCUCCAUGAGAAAUCCAUUAUUUUUCCAUUUUAUGUUUUAGUAGGAACUUCCACAAUGUGUGGAGUAUUAUUUGUUUCCUUUUAUAAUUUGGGCAAAAAACCUUAGUUUUAGUGUGCCAUGUAGAAUAUGAGCAUCUGGACAAUACUUUAGGUCCUAACAAGUUUUAGGUCCUAAAUGUUCAUCAUAAACAGCAACUUUCUGACAAAGUUCUAAAUGUAGAUCAAAUAGCAGAUGCAUCCCACAGUUUCUUUGGUGAUGGCUAACCUUGGUCAUGGUUUUCCCCCUCCAUCCAUAUAUGCUGCUAAUACAUUUUGUAUAGCUAACUUACCUAGAUGCACCAAAGUGCUAAUUUAUCUGUUCAGCUUCUUCCUAUCUAAACAUGGUAGCAUUACCCAAUUCCUGUCUAUAUAAUUUCUAUCCUACAUGCCCCCAUCAAAGCCCGCUCACAUCCCCUGUACAUCCACAACCUCCUGUAAUAAAUGUAUACCUAACAGAAAGGUUUUUUAAUGGUUCUUACCCACCAUUAAAUCUAGGCUUAAUUAGCACAGACGAAUGGAGAUGAAAAUAAUGCCACUGAGCCAUAACUGGUGAACUGGGGCCAUAGUAGCUCUAGUUUAUUCCAUAUCUGAACUAUUAAAAUUAGUGGAAUUACAGCCAUCUCUCCCUCAAUGGAAUAUUGUUGCAUGAAGAUCAUGAUGUAAUCGUACUUUGUAACACUUUAGUUUUCCCUGGAUGCUCCUGGUUAGAUAUACAAUAUGGAGACUCUGGGACAUUGCCCAUUGCUCCAAAUGAACCAUACUAAGGCACCCAAAAAUGAUUUACCUGAUGGGAUUAGAGCUCAGCGCUUCUUAUCCCAAACCAAUGAAACCAUCAUCAAAAGAGCCUCCACACCACUGAUCGACCACUGAGUAUUCCUAGAUUUGCUAGUUAUAUCUAAUGUAAACACAUGUAAGAAGAAUAAGCAUAAGUUAUAGGGUAGAUGAUGAAUCUCAUAGAAAAUGUUUUUACCAGACCAUACUGCUGGGACUGUAGAUGCAUGACCUAGCUUCUUAUAGCUCCAUUUUAUCACGCUGUAUGUGUUAUAAUAAACCGUUUAUGAACCAUACAUAAAACCCUUAUCUAGAAGUUUUAACUCAUUCACAUGAUUGACUUAUAAACAGAAUUAACAGAUGUGUCAUUAAAAGGCACCAACAUUUCUAAAUAUUUGGGUAAAAUUCUUAAAGCGUACAUGUGGCUUCAUAAACUGGUCAUUAUAUAUAUAUCUUUAUGAAUAUUUCUUUAAAUAACUAUGUUUAAAGAAAGAAAUAGUUGUGGGCGAAGCUGAUUCUGGUGCUAUCUUAUUGAUUUGUUUCUAUAAAUAAUCAAUAGAAUUCCAAAGCAUAAAGUAUUAUGGUAAACUUGAGCAAUGCAUAUAUUAUUGUGGUGAGCAAUGCAUAUAUUAUAGUGGUAUAACUACUUGCAAACUGGGAACGUUGGGAGCUGUAGUCAUCAAAUAAUCGCAAUGCUCAAGGUUACCUUGUUGGCAGGUCACAUUUCUGCCAAAAUGGAUUUUAGCUUUCUUGAAACUAAUUAUUAGAGUGGACCUUUUACUUAAAACAAAGGCCAAAAAUUAGUCAGCUUACCAUGAUUUCUUACACAAAGAGUGCUGAACAUUUGCCCGUCCAGCUGUUUAAGAGCCACAUUUACAAGAAUGCCCGACAGCAGCUGGACAUCGAUGUUUGGCCACCCUUGUUCUUUUUGUUAAAAAGGAUCUGAGGGUCUUUUGGGAUACACCUCUAACAUUCCACUUUAACUACUACAAAAAUGUUUAAAAAAUGCUACAAAGUAUCCAAUCAGGAUGCCAAUGCAGGAUAGAGCAAAAAUGUUAUGCCAGAUAAUGCAAACAAAUGUUAUUUUAAGUAUGUUAACACAACAAUAACACACAAGUUAUAGAUAAGGUUUACACUUGAUCAUAGAAAGGGACUUCUUUUUAAGUAAAAGGUCCAUUUUGGUAACCAAUGGUGGAUGCACGCUGGGUUUACAAACUUAAAAGACAAUUUUUUUUCAUAUUUAUAAUGUUUUAUACAUUUCUUUUUCUAGAUGGGAGGAUAUGUAGUAUCAUUUUUAGACGGUUGCUGCAAAACAUGUAAGUAAAAUAUAACGUUCUUAAUUAAAAUAUUAUCUAUUACAUUGGCCUUGAUUGUCGUGUCACCAUGUUGUAAUUUCUAGCUCUGACUUUAAUAUCUAAAAAUCACAUUAUUUGUUUGAAUUCUAUUAUUUGCUAAUCACGUAUGGAUUAAAGAGAUAUUCCAAGCUGCAAGUUAUCUUUUGUUUUGAAUGGAUUAGGAAGAUUCAUUUAUAUAGUUAUAUAGAGUUUGGUCAAAGUUGCUUUGGAUUAAUAAAUGUUGAAUGUAUAAAUAAAAAUCUGUUUAGAAUGUGCAAUAAACUGCUUAAAAGAGUUUAUGGUGACCUAGAUUUGUAAAGAUACAUUUCAAAACAGCCCAUGUGACAGUCUUAUUUAUUUACCUUUGAAUAAUAUAUAUAAUUCAAUUGUAAUGUCAGUAGGCAUAUCCCAAAUUUUACCUUGUAAUUCAGCAGACCCAUAGCAGAACUCUCAAUGGCUGAUGGUAUGAUAUAGUGUUAUUCACAGUUUCACAUCAUAUCAAAUUCAUGAAAUGUUGAGCAAGAGAGGUAUUAGAGCCCCCAUUCCUAUAUGACCACACAUAUUGACAAAUAUCAAAUUAUCAAAUGCACCUAGUUAAAUAUAAUGGGGCAUCUACCUAAAUCUAUCUACUUUUGCAUAUACAUUUUCUGUUAUGCCUAUCCCUAUGUCAGUUACAGACCCAGCAUUAAAAAAAAAUAGGCCAAAACUAUAUGCUCCUUUUAAUAUUUGAUCUGUAAUUGCUAAUGGUAUACUCAAAUGAAAUGCAUAUAAGGUAUUUUGGAAAUCAGAACCUAUAAUUUAAUAUAUUUUUUAUUUUCUGGUAUUUUAUGUAGUGCAGUUUUGGAAAGUAGUGUCAUGUUUCUAAUGUUUUUGUAGUAAUUAAAUAACAGCAAUGUUGAAGAAAGAGUGCAAGAAUUUUCUUAUUUGUUCAGGUUUCAUUCAAGACAUUCUUAGACUAACAUUGACAUUCAAUAAGGCCCAGUAUUUUUUUUUUUUUUAAAUGCAAUAGGAACUAUCUUAAAAGAGCAGAAAUUCUGGGGCAAAGUUCUCAAAGUUGAGCAAUCAGUAGAAACAUUCUGUUGGUUUCCAUAGUGAUUGCGCAAAUUUUCUUUUUAAUACUAUACAUAAAAUGUGAUCUUUUUAGACUCAAUCAUAUCUUACCAAUAACCCCAUAUUUCCUCUGUUGUAAUAGUUAAGAUAUGUUUUUUUUUUAGGUAAGGAAGAUGGGAAAUUCUGUAAGAGAGUAACUGUCCGCAUGACCAUCAGAAAGAAUGACUGUAGAAGCAAUACUCCGGUAAGAUAUUUUUUAACAGGAAAGAUUUUUAAGCUUCAAAGUUGUUUAUUUAGCUAUUUAAAACAUUCAUGGAGAACUUUUGCAUGCUACGAUAAAUCUGUAAUUACAAAAGAUUUAUAAAAUACAAUCUAUUUAAAUAAUCAGCAUAUUUGUAAAUUAAACAUUGCAGACAUUUCAUAUUAUUUUAUUUUCUCUGUGCUGUUCCUGGUUUGAUUUACUAGGUGUUGCCAUGAUUUUGUGCCAAAUUGCAAUUCACUAGUUAUUGUAAUUUGUACUUUCCACCCCCAAAAAAUCUCUCAGACACCAACCAGUCUCAUCUCCAACUAGCUGAUAUAAGAGAAUUACUCCUGCAAAAGAUGUACCAUGUCAUGAAUCUUAUUAUUCCCCUGGUUAUUUCCUAAUUUUGUCAUUAUCGUAUGAGGAGCAGUGUGAUAAGAGUUGGGUAUGGAUAGAACAAUUUUCGUUGUUUGUGGAGCCUUAGAAUGUUUUUGAAAAGUAGAUAACACAAACAGAACAUUCAUAUGUACUGUAUAUGUAACUACACAAACAUAUGUAAUCUAAUGUUUUUUGUAGAUGGUCUCACAAUGGCAAGACCCAUCUUAUUAGAAUGCUACUUAGAAGUUACAAAUCUCACAAAUCACAACAUUAAUUGAACUGUAUAUUUGUGGUGAAGAUACGUUUCUGUGUUGAUUGAGGUGAAGAGACGUGUCUGUGUUGAUUGAUUCCUGCAACUGGCCUCUGUCGUCUCAUUUUUAUUUGCCUAUAUUAUAUCUGCACAAUUUACCGUGUUAAAAGCACAUGGUAGAAACAGAGUUUAAGAAUGUAUAAUCCGGCCUUCCUUAGAGGCUAAUAAAUAUUCAUUACCCUAUAAAGCAGGAAAUGGAAUAAAGAGCGCAUAAUGAACAAGGUCACACUUCUAUAAACAGUCAUGUCACAUUCUCUGAGACUUUUUACAACAACUGCUGUGUCAUUUAUAGUUUUUAAUGACUUUGAAACGCAUCUAUGUUGGGUAACGACAUUAAAUAUCAUAUCAUGUUUUUAAUGAAAUUCAUUAAUUUGCAAGGGAAAGACAAAAACAUACGAGAAGACAUGUAAUUUCACACAUUUCUUUUUUUUGUUUGUUUUUUGUGUUGUACACUAUCAUGUAUCCACUUAUUUUUUUCUCUAGGUUAAUAUUGUUUCUUGUGAUGGAAAGUGUCCUUCCGCCAGCAUCUACAACUACAACAUCAACACUUACGCUCGAUUCUGCAAAUGCUGCAGAGAACUUGGUCUUCAGAGACGUGUUGUGCAAUUAUAUUGCAGCGCAAACUCAACGUGGGUAAAUUAUUCUAUCCAAGAACCCACGGACUGUUCCUGCCAAUGGUCUUGAAACUGGUUUCUGUUGACAGAACAUUUUGACAAAGGAAUAUAAAUUAUAUCACGUCUCUGGAAAAAUGUCUAUAUAUGUCAAUUGUCCAUAUUGAUGAAUAAUGUAUUUUUAUUUUUCAAGUUAAAAC